UACAAUGCAAAUAAUAUGUCUCAUUACCAGAUGACAACAAGGGUUAUUAUUUAUAGAACAUUAAUCAUUAAAAUGUUCAUUAAGUUUUUUGAAACCGCGCAUUGUCAGAGUGUUACGUUUUUGUCUAUUAUGAGUAUAUUUACGGGCACCUAAACACUUUCAAGUUCACCGUACACACCCUACAUUUCUUAAUAGAAAUAAAAAUAAAAAUAAUAAGAAAGAAUGAAAAAUAAUAAUAAAUAAAAUAAAACACGUCCCACAUAGAUAGUCGCCUGUAAGGGACCCUCUAAUUUUACAGAGAUCUAAAUAAAGCACAUUACUCAAACGUCGGUCUCCCACCACGACAGUGCCGCCGCCGCCACAGCCGCCAUCGUUCCAAGUACCCACAGUGCCACAUACUUCAGCGAUUCAGUUACCACCAAGGCGAGUCCGAGAGUGAAUAUCGAAAAGAACAACAAACACGAUACCACCGUCGUACUUAGCGAAAGACAUUUUCGGAAAUCGCUUGUAUACACUUAAAGAUAUCGCGAGGAAGCCUGUGCGAGACAACCGCGAGUGUGAAUUUAUAUAAUUGUUAAAAUUUGUGUCACGUGCGUUUUUCACUCAGGUUUUCACCGUUUUCCGUUCUGCCGUUUUUUUGUUUUGAUUUUUUUGCAAUUCGUUUAACGCGCGUGGAAUCACCGGGGCACAGGAGCCAGUGAAGGAUUUCGGUCCCGACCGUCGGCCAACCGUCCUGCCGGGGCGCGAGGAGACUUGUGCGUUAGCCAUGAACCGACAACAACAACAACAACAACAACAACAACAGAUUACCACCACCACCACCUCCUCGUUGUCAAACACUGGACAGAGGAGUGUGAACCGUACCGAACAACAUGUCACGAGACAAUUCACGCAGACCACACAGAGACAAGUUCACGAAGGGUUUAUUGUACAGCAGUCUACUCCAAAAUUUGGAAAUGACGCUGCUCCGCCAGUAUUUGAACAGAUAUUCAAAAACGCCAGAUUCGCUCAGGGUGGAAAUGCCGUUUUUGAAGGAAAGGUUACCGGUAUUCCAAAACCUUUUGUCUCAUGGACCAGGAAAGGCGCUCCACUAUUGGAGUCCAACAAAUACAAGAUGACGUAUGAUCAACAAACAGGGAAUGUUGUUCUUACGAUCAAUCAAAUCGGUCCAGGAGAUGAAGGCGAAUACACAUGUUCGGCGCGCAAUCAAUACGGCGAAGCAAUUUGUUCUGUUUUCAUUCAACCAGAAGGUCAUACAGUUCAAAUACCUCAAGGCACGUAUGGUUCGCAGCGAGUACAACAGACACAGAAUACGCUGUAUACAAAUAAUUAUUCAAACAUCGAUGAAGAUUUCAAAGUUGAUACUUUCGAAUAUCGUUUACUUCGUGAAGUGUCCUUCAGGCAGUCCGUCACCAAAAGGUAUCUGGGUGAAGAGGACGUCAAAUUUACAAGCAGCGCACACCAAGGCCCGGUCGUAGCACCUCAAGUGCUCCAGAAACCACGUAACUCGAAAUUAGUAGAAGGAUCGAACGCUACGUUUACUGUAAAAGUGUCAACAGCUAAGGAUACUAGGUUGACUUGGUUUAAGAACGGCCAGAGACUUGUAAACGGACCAAAACACCAGAUCAAUUUCACUAAUCAAGUCGCUACACUUUCCAUACCACAAGUUUGUUGUGAGGAUUCUGGGCAUUACACUCUGCUUGUAGAAAACCCACAAGGCUGUGUAGUAUCUUCUGCAUAUCUUGCCAUAGAACCGACGUCGAUGGCAUAUGACAGAACAGAAGACAAGGAGAAUGUAAUAACUAAGACUCACAACAAGCUCGAGUCAAUAGAAGUGGUUGAGGGCAAGAUGUUAGCACCAAACUUUGUGCGUGUAUGUGGAGAUCGUGACGUGACCGAAGGGAAAUUAACACGUUUUGAUGUUCGCGUUACGGGCAAACCGUAUCCCGAAGUCUCGUGGUAUAUAAAUGGUCAGCAAAUUAAGGACGACGCAACGCACAAGAUACUGGUUAACGAAUCCGGGGACCACGGUUUGAUGAUAACUAAUGUGUCUCAAGCCGACGCAGGUCAAGUGGUUUGUGUUGCAAGAAGUAAAUCUGGAGAAACUUCUUUCCAAUGUAAUUUGGGAGUUGUUGAAAAAGAACUUGUAGUUGCUCCAAAGUUUGUACAACGUUUUACACCUUUAAAUAUAAACGAAGGAGAAACAGUUACACUGAGUGUCAGAGCUGUUGGAACCCCAGUACCAAGAAUAACAUGGCAAAAAGAUGGUGUAAACAUCAGCGAACAACCAGGAAUGGUAUCUGUAUGGACCGAAGGAGGUGGUUCAGUAUUAGAAAUAGCAAGAGCUUCCCCGACAGACGCAGGUUGGUAUCAAUGUACAGCUCAAAAUACAGCUGGAUCGACAGCCACACGGGCUCGAUUAAACAUUAUAAGGAAACCUCGCCCUGAAGAUUUCUCAGAAGACAGACGUCUCAGGUUGCCAAAACCAACACGAGUAAUCGAACCUGAGCCUGAGCCAGAACCAGAAGUUGUUUUUCUAAAACAUGUCGAGAGAGCAAAAUACCAUACUCCUCGACCAGAAGAAGACAAGAUUUAUCCACCGCCAAGGUUCAUUGUUCCACUUGCAAACAUAUCUCAACAAGAAGAUGGUCGAAUUCAUUUUGAGGCUAGAAUUGAACCCAUUGGAGAUCCAACCAUGGUGGCUGAGUGGUUUGUAAAUGGUUAUCCAUUACAAGCAAGUUCUAGAGCUAUGACUUUACUAAAUUACGGUUUCAUAGCUUUGGAUUUGUUGGGCAUUAUAUCAGAUGAUGCUGGAGAAUACACAUGUAGAGUAACCAGUAGCUCGGGAACAGCUCAAUCUACUGCUGUUCUCAAAGUUGAAGGGAGAGAUGAAAUUGAUAAAUCAAGUCAAUAUCCAGACAGUUUAAAAUAUAUUGAACAAUUGGAAGAUUAUUCCAAAUAUCAAAGAAGUGAUAGUUACGAUGAAGUUCAGCCAUUACCACCUACUUUAGUAAAAUCAUUACAUGAUAUGGGUAAUUUACAAGAAGGUAGAAAUGCACAUUUCGAAGCUCAGCUUAAUCCAGUCAGUGAUCCAACAAUGAAAGUAGAGUGGUAUAAAGAUGGAAAACCUAUUACAGCAAGUUCAAGAAUAACAACAAUAUUUAAUUUUGGUUACGUAUCGUUAAAUAUUAUGCAUCUUCGUGCAGAAGACAGUGGAGAAUAUACAUUAAGAGCAAUAAACCGAUGGGGAGAAAUUAUCAGCACAUCAACAUUAAAUGUCAUUGCUCAUAGCAGUAUUACAGGUGAUUUAGGCUACCCAGAACAGCAAAGGUAUAUUGAUCAAACUGAGGCUUUAGAACAAUCUUACCUACAACAAAAAAAUCAGGAAUAUAAAAUAAGUGCACCAGAAAGUGUUGCACCACCACAAUUUAAAACACCAAUUAAAGAUCAACAAAACAUUAAAGAAGGUGGUUUCGCUCAUUUUGAAGCUAGAUUAGAACCAUUAGGAGACUCGACACUUCAAGUAGAAUGGUUAAAGGAUGGUAAACCAGUUGAAGCUAGUUCAAGAAUGACUGUAUUCUUCAACUUUGGAUAUGUUGCAUUAACAAUAAAAUAUGUAACUGUUUUUGAUAUCGGAACAUAUACUUGCAGAGCUUAUAAUAAUUUAGGAGAUGCUUCAACAUCUGCCACAUUGACUGUGCUAACGAAAAAAGAUGUAGUACAAGAUAGCCAACACCCUGGAGGUCUCGAACGGUUCCAAUAUUUAGAAGAUUCAAGAAAGAAUAAACGAAAGGCAGAAGAAGAAACAGUUGUUACACAAAAACCUAGAUUCCUUGGACCAUUAAAAGGAACAAAUAAAAUUGCUGAAGGGCAAAGAGCUCAUUUUGAAGUACGAGUAGAACCUCAAAAUGACGUGACCAUGAAGAUUGAAUGGUAUUUCAAUGGAAGAGUAAUAAUGAGCGCUAAUAGAAUUCAAACAUAUCAUGAUUUUGGUUAUGUGGCUUUGGAUAUUCUUGGUGUAAGAGCCGAAGAUAGUGGUACAUAUGUAGUUGUUGCAAGGAAUGCAUUAGGAGAGGCCCAGCUGUCAUCAACAAUGCAAGUUGAAGUUCGUUCAAAUAUUGAUACAUCUACUAUGCACCGUGGAGUAGUCGAAAAAGCUCCUUAUCUUGAAUCUAAAAAAUUCACUGAACCUCAGUAUGAUAUUGAGGAAAUUUCGAAGUCGAGACCUAUAUUUAUACAACCAUUAAGCGACCCUGCACCAUUGAAUGAGGGAAAAAAUGUUCAUUUGGAAUGCCGUCUUGAGCCUAUGGGUGAUCCUACGAUGAGAGUCGAAUGGUUCCAAAAUGGAAAACCUGUAACAGUUGGUUCGAGGUUCCGUACGUAUUAUGAUUUUGGAUAUGUUGCUUUGGAUAUCAUACAUGUCACAUCGAUUGACUCUGGUGAAUACACUGUGAGAGCUACAAACCAUUUAGGAUCAGCUCAUACAUCUGCAUGUGUCAAUGUAUUAUGCCGAUCAGAUAUUUUAACUGAAAGUCAAAAUGAGUAUGCAUUAGAGCAGAUACAAAUGUUAGAAGAUGCUUCAAGAUAUCAAAAAAUGACUACCGAAGAAGAAAGUAUUAUGCAAGCACCACAGUUCACAAAACCAUUACAUAAUAUACAGACAUCUGAAGGUACAAACGUACAUUUGGAAUGUAGAUUAAAACCAGUUGGAGAUCCAACUAUGAAAAUCGAUUGGCUGGUCAACGGACGUCCUGUAAAAACAGGACAUAGGUUCCGCCCUGCCUAUGAUUUUGAUUAUGUAGCAUUGGAUUUAUUAAGUGUAUAUCCUGAAGAUUCUGGAGUGUAUACUUGCCAAGCUAGAAAUGAAAUGGGUGAAGCUGUUACCUCUAGCUCAGUGAAAGUGAUUGCAAAACAGAAUUUAAUAUUAGAUUCACAACAUCCACAUGGUCUGGAAAAAAUACAAUAUCUAGAAGAUUCAGCGAGAUACAAAAAGGCUGAAAUGAUUGAAGAGUCUGUUAAAAUAAAACCUCGGUUUUUGUCCAAACCAAAGAAUGUGGAGAAUUUAAAAGAAGGACAACAUGCUCAUUUUGAAUGUAAAUUAGAACCAGUCACUGAUUCUAACCUAGAAGUCCAGUGGUUUAAAAAUGGAAAACCAAUUAUUAUUGGCCAUCGCUUUAGACCCAUCCAUGAUUUUGGGUAUGUGGCCUUAGAUAUCAUAGAUGUCAUUGAAGAAGACACUGGAACUUAUACGUGCCGGGCUGUUAAUUUACUUGGCGUUGAUGAAACAAAUGUUCAUUUAACCUGCAGAAGUUCGUCAGGUAUUGUAACAGAUACUCAAAACGAAAUGGGUCUUGAACAAAUUCAGUAUCUUGAAGAAAAAUCUAGGUACAACAGAAGAGAAGAUAUUGAAGAAACAACCACUCAGGCUCCAAUUUUCACUACUUCGUUGAAGCAUUGUGAUAUUAAAGAAGGCCAGCGAGCUCAUUUUGAAUGUAGAUUAAUCCCAGUAUCUGAUAACACCAUGAAAGUUGAAUGGUUCCAUAAUAAUGUCCCAAUUAAAUUCGGAUCACGAUUUACUGAAACUAAUAACUUUGGAUUUGUUGCAUUGGAUAUUCUUCAAUGUUUACCUGAAGAUUCUGGCACAUACACAUGCCGUGCAACUAAUUGGCUAGGACAAUCUAUUACAUCAGGAAAUCUCAACGUUCAAUCGAGAAAGUCAAUUUAUUUGGAAUCUCAACACGAAGAUGCAUUAGGACGUUUAGCUCAGCUUGAAAACUCAAACCGUUAUCAACGUCAAUCAAUUAUAGAGGAUGCAGUAACACAAGCUCCAGUAUUUACUCAACCUAUGAGAGAUAGUACAAUGAUUGAAAGUCAGCCUGCUCAUUUUGAAGCAAGAUUAAUACCAGUGGGUGACGACAAAUUAAAAGUAGAAUGGCUAAGAAAUGGAAUUCCUAUUCAAGCAUCUAAUCGCGUAUCAACAAUGCAUGAUUUUGGUUACGUCGCCCUUAAUCUUAAGUACGUCUAUCCUGAGGAUUCUGGUACUUAUACAUGCAGAGCUAUAAAUGAUUUAGGACAAGCAGUCACCUCAGCUACACUGAAUGUGCAUUCUAAAGCUUCUCUUCAAUUGGAAAGUCAACACGAAGCAGCAUUAGAUAAAUUAAGACAGCUCGAAGAUUCUAACAGGUACAAGCGUACAGAACAAAAAGAAGUGGAAGUUACUGAGGCACCUAAGUUUAUUGUGCCAUUAAAUGGAACUGAAAGUUUAAUUGAAGGUCAAAGUGCUCAUUAUGAAUGUCGUAUAGAGCCUUAUCCUGAUCAUACACUGCAAUUAGAAUGGUUACAUAAUGGGAAACCAUUACAAACAGGACAUAGAUUUAGAACAACUUAUGAUUUUGGUUUUGCGUCAUUGGAUGUUUUAUCUGCUUUACCAGAAGAUUCGGGAGAAUAUACUUGCAGGGCAAUUAAUAAACUCGGUAGGGCCGAGUCAUCAGUUAAGCUAAGAGUUCAAUCUCGAGCAUCGAUUAUUAGUGAAACUCAACACCAAGGAGCUUUGAACAAAAUACAGUAUCUGGAAGAUGACUCUAGAUUUAAAAGAGCAGCUGCUGAAGAUGUUUUAAUGACAGAGAAACCACAAUUUGGUCGACCUCUUAAGAACAUAGAACAUCUUCCAGAGGGUCGUAGUGUACAUCUUGAAGCUACAUUAAUUCCAGUUAAUGACCCUACUAUGAAGGUUGAGUGGUAUAGAAACGGAAUACCAAUUCCUCAAGGCCACAGAUUUAAGACAGUUUAUGAUUUUGGAUUUGUUGCUUUGGAUGUACUUUAUGCUUAUCCUGAAGAUUCAGGUACAUACAUGUGCAAAGCCAAAAAUGCUGCCGGAGAAGCAGUCACUACUUGCAUUGUAACAGUUGACUCUAAAUCUGGUCUUCAGUUAGACACUUUGGAUGAAGAUAGAUUGAAAAAGAUUAAACAACUUGAAGCUUAUGAAAGACCUACAGCUCAAGAAGCAGUAUUUGAACUUCAAAAACCAGUAUUCCUCACACCUCUUAACAGCCUUGAAUUAUUGAAAGAAGGAGAACAUGCUCAUUUAGAAACUCGAAUUGAACCAAUUAAUGAUGCUGAUUUGAAAAUAGAAUGGUUUGUAAAUGGAGUUGCAAUCAAAACAGGUCAUCGUUUUAAGACUACACAUGAUUUUGGAUAUGUUGCAUUGGAUAUUUUGUAUGCAUAUGCUGAAGAUUCCGGUACUUACAUGUGUAAAGCCACUAAUAAAAAAGGAGAAGCAGUAAAUACCUGUCAAAUAAAUGUUGCCUCUCGUAGAAGUAUCUACUUAGAAACGCAGCAUCCUGAUGGUUUAGAAAAGAUUCGUGAACUUGAAGCGCAAGGACGCCCAGCAAAACUUGAAAUCAAUGAGCCUCCGCCAACAGCACCAACAUUAACCGAUCUAUGGGGCACUACUGAGGUAGCUGAAGGAAAAACAGCCCACUUUGAGUGUCAAGUAAAACCUGUCCACGAUUCUAAAUUGAAAGUUGAAUUCUUCCAUAAUGACAAACCCCUCGGAUCUGCUUCUCGUUUCCAUACUACAUAUGACUUUGGUUACAUAUCUUUAGAUAUUGGCCAUGUUGUUCCUGAAGAUGCUGGAAAGUACACUGUUAAAGCUACUAAUGAAUUGGGUCAAGCUACUUCGAAUAUUAAUUUAUUAGUUCAAGGAGGUGGAAGUAUAAUUUUGGACUCUCAAAGACCUGAAGGAUUAGAAAAAAUAAAAGAGUUAGAAAUGGCUGUACCUUUCAAACGUGCAGAUUAUUCAGAACCUAUAUCAAAACAAAGACCAAUGUUUACACAACCUUUACAAAAUAUUGACAGCAUAAAUGAAGGACAAACAGCUCACUUUGAAUGUCGUCUUAUCCCAAUUGGUGAUUCGUCGAUGACUGUCGAAUGGUUUAGAAAUGAAAAACCAUUAGAAACAAGUUCAAGGAUUACAAAAACAUAUGACUUUGGUUAUAUAUCUUUAGAUAUUUCUCAUGUAAGAGAUGAAGAUAAUGGGGUAUAUAGUUGUAAAGCCACAAAUGCUCUUGGUGAGGCGGUUUCAACAGCCUCUAUGAGAGUUAGAACAAAAUCUGAUAUUCAGUUGGAGAGUCAACAUCCAGAAGGUCUUAAAAAAAUUGUUGAAUUAGAACGUGGUCAAGAGCCAUUGAAGAGAGAGGAAGCAGAGAGAUCAUUUGAGAAACCGAUUUUCACACAACUUCUUACAGGCCCUUCAGAGCUUAUUGAAGGUCAACAUGCUCAUUUUGAGUGUAGAGUUGUACCAGUAGGUGAUCCAACAUUACGUUUUGAAUGGUAUGUUAAUGGAGUCGAAUUAAAAAUGGGUUCAAGAUUCCAAGUAACAAAUGAUUUUGGCUUUGUUACAUUGGAUAUCAGCUCAACUGUCGCAGAAGAUUCUGGAGUUUAUACAUGCAAAGCAAUUAACAGGGCUGGAGAAGCUGUUUCUUCCACUUCAAUGAAAAUAAAACAUCGCUCAUCAAUUAUUCAUGAACCAAUACAACCUGAUGCAUGGGAAAAAAUCCAGCUUAAAGAAGCAGAAAUGAAUAAAGUUCCUGAAAUGUUUAUUGAUACAAGACCACAACAAGCACCUGUUUUUACGUCACAUUUGCAAAAUCAAGACCGUCUAGCUGAAGGUCAGCACGUUCAUUUAGAAGCUCAAGUAGAACCUAGAGCAGAUCCUAAUCUUCGAAUUGAAUGGUUCAAAAAUGGAGUCACUUUAACAACUGGUUCAAGAAUACGCAGCACUUUUGAUUUUGGUUUGGUCACAUUAGCAAUAAAUAGUUUGAGACCAGAUGAUUCGGCUAUCUAUACAUGCAAAGCAUCAAACCUUUUGGGCGAAGCUGUUUCAACUUGUACAUUAAAAAUAUCCGAUAGCCAUUGGUUAUUAAGUAACACUUUGCACCCCGAAUCACUAUCAAAAAUUGAAGAUUUGGAAAAACCACAUACUGGACAAGUUGAAGGCCCAGAACCAGUUUUUGAAAGUCCUGUUUUCAUUUCUCAUCUUAAUAACUGGGAAUGUAAAGAAGGAAGUGAUGUUCAUUUUGAAUGUCAAGUAGAACCUUCCAAAGAUCCAACUUUGAAAAUUGAUUGGUUUGUAAAUGGAAAACCACUUCAAAGUGCAGCACGAUUCAAGUCUGCCUAUGAUUUUGGUUUUGUGACAUUAGAUAUACAUCAUGCAUACUCGGAAGAUUCUGGGAUAUAUACUUGCAAAGCUAGUAAUAGCAAAGGUCAAGCUGUAACAACUGGAACAUUAAAAUGUACAGGUCUCCAAGGCAUUCAUUUAGACACACAACAUCCACAAGGCAAAACUGGAUUAGAAAAGGUACAAAAAGUAGAAGAUAAUUUAGCUUCUAAAUAUCAACGUCAAGCAUCUUUGCCUGAGGCGGCUUUCCCAAAACCAAUAUUUGUUGUACCCCUUGAAGCUGAAUUCAUAUUAGCCGAAAGUAAACCACUGCAUUUGGAGGCUCAAGUUGAACCCAAGAAUGACCCCAAUCUCAAAAUUGAAUGGUACUUUAAUGGAAAAGUACUUGAUUUAGGAUCGCGUUUUAAGACAAAUAAUGAUUUUGGUUUUAUAAGUCUGGAUUUAACUGAUGUGUAUGAACGAGAUCAAGGAGUUUAUACCUGCAAAGCAUAUAACCAUUCUGGAGAAACAUAUACUUCAACAACUGUGUAUUGCAGUAGCAACAAAGGAUUAAUUGAACAUACCCAACACCCGAAAGGAGAAGAAGGCUUGGAAAAAAUUCAAAGCUUAGAAGAAUCUCUACAAAGGCAAAAACAAGGAAUUACGGAUAAAGAGACUGGGCAUGCGCCUGUUUUCACUUCACAAUUCAAAGACCUUGGUUUCUUAAGUGAAGGUGAAAUUGCUCAUUAUGAAGCUUCAUUAACACCUGUUGGUGAUCAGAAAAUGGUUGUUGAAUGGUUCUACAAUGGAAAUGCCAUCGAAGCUAGUCACCGUAUUCGUACAAUUUAUGCAUUUGGAAUGGUUGUUCUUGAAAUUCUUGGUACUAAAAUAGCUGAUACAGGAACAUACACUUGUAAAGCAACAAAUGAUUAUGGAUCUGCAGAGAUGAGUGUUACACUAGAAUGUGUAGAAAGAAUAACUGGCCAAAAACCAAAAUUCACAUCUCAAAUUCAGACUCUUGUUGGCUUAAAGGAUGGAGAUUCUGCACAUUUUGAAUGCACAUUAAUACCUGUCAAUGACCCAGAUUUAAAAGUAGAAUGGUUCCACAAUGGUCAACCGUUAUUACACAAAAAUCGCGUUAAAAUGAUUUCCGAUUUUGGAUUUGUUGUCAUGGAUAUAGCAUAUAUACAGAACCAUGAUUCUGGAGAAUAUGUGUGUAAAGCAAGCAAUAAGUAUGGUGAAGAUAUAACCAAAGCCACAAUCCAAUACUCUGGAAAAGGUGGUGUGUAUUUAGAUUCAUUGCAACCUACUUCCUUAGCUAGAAUUCGUGAGUUAGAAAACGCAACGGGUCAACCAAGUGGAUUUGCAUCAUCUCCGGUAUUAGAAGCUCCUAAAUUCACAACUCAAUUGGUCGACAUAACAAAUUUGAAAGAAGGGCAAAGUGCUCACUUUGAAGCUCGAGUUACACCAGUGAACGAUCCAAAUCUUGUUGUUGAAUGGUAUUUCAAUGGUGAAAAACUACAACAUGGUCAUAGGUUUAGAACAUUCCACGAUUUUGGUAUAGUAAUAUUGGAUAUACUGUAUUGUUAUGAAGAGAAUUCUGGAGUAUAUGAGUGUAGAGCAUUCAAUAAAGCAGGAACUGAUACUACUAAGGCAAAUCUUCGUUGUUCCUCCAAAACCAAUUUGAUCUUAGAUUCUCAACUGCCUCGUGGAAUGGAAGGAGGAUUAGAAAAAAUCCAAACUCUUGAAGAUUUAACUCUCAGAGUUAAAGAUGAAAGAGUAUCUGUGGAAAAUCGCCAAGCUCCAAUGUUUACUGAACCAUUAUCCAAUAUUGAUAGUCUACGAGAAGGUGAAAGUGCACAUUUUGAAGGUCGCCUGACACCUGUUGAUGAUCCUAACUUAAAGGUGGAAUGGUUUUGGAAUGGAAAACCAUUAAAAGCUGGUUCUAGAUUUAGGACUUUCUGUGAGUUUGGUUUCGUUAUAUUGGAAAUAUCUCCAGUAUAUCCUGAAGAUUCUGGAGAAUAUUCAUGCCGAGCUUCUAACCAUUAUGGUGAAGCUGUCACUACAGCCAGCAUGAAAGUUCAAGGAAAGAGAAGUAUCAUAUUUGAAUCACAGCUUCCAAAAGGAAUGGACACCACUAUUGAUAGAAUUGCGGAGCUUGAAGGUCUUGGAAAAUCGAGGGCAACUAUUGAAACCGAAGAUGAUCUGGGAAGAGCACCAGAAUUUAUUACAACUCCAGCUGAUCUUAGUUUGUCAGAAAAUUCGUUGGCUCAUUUUGAAUGUAGGCUUGUACCAUCUAAUGAUGCAAGCAUGACAGUUACUUGGUUCCAUAAUGGCAAAGUAUUAUCGGCCGGAUCACGUAUAAAAACAAUCAAUGAUUUUGGAUUUGUUAUCCUUGAAGUAGCUGGUGUUUACAUUAGAGAUUCUGGUCUAUAUACUUGCAAGGCUACCAAUAAACAUGGAGAAGCAACUGUGUCAUGUAAGUUACAAGUAAAAGGCCGGCAAGGUAUAGUUUUAGAACCUCAAUUGCCUAAUACAUUCAGAUCUGGUACAAAAAGUAUUCAAAAACUCGAAGAGAAUAUGUAUAAAAAGGAAGAAAUAUUGGCUGAAGAUGAAAAACCAAAUCCUCCUAGGUUUACUGUAGAAUUGAAGGAUGCAUUGGAUGUCCAAGAAGCCAAAUCUGUACAUUUUGAAUGUAGAGUAGAACCUGUUAAUGAUUCUACAUUACGGAUCGAUUGGUUUUUCAAUGGAAAACCAUUUGCCACUGGCUCACGUGUACAUGUGAUAAAUGAUUUUGGAUUCAUAUCUUUGGAUAUGGACUAUGUUUACUCUCGAGAUUCUGGCGAAUAUAUAUGUCGUGCAACAAACAAAUGGGGAACUGCCUUUACAAAAGCAAAAUUAACUUGUACUGCCAAACUAAAUGUCAUAUUAGAAUCACAAUUACCAGAUGGAAUGAGUGGAGAAAAGUUAAAAGCGUUAGAGCAAGGGCCUGUACAAGAAAAAAAAAUUCAUGAUGAGAUAGAAGCAAUGCCACCAAAAUUCUUAGCUCAGAUUGAGUCAACAACUGUCGAAGAAGCAAGUUCGGUGCAUUUUGAAACUAGAGUCGAGCCUAAAAAUGAUCCAAAAUUAAGAGUAGAGUGGUACAGAAAUGGAAAACCAUUACCUUCUGGGCAUAGAUACAAAUCUAUAUUUGAUUUGGGUUUUGUAUCUUUGGAUAUACUUUCUAUGUACUCUGAAGACUCAGGAGAGUACAUUUGUAGAGCUGUAAAUGAUCACGGUGAAGCUAUUACCAAAGCUAUGGUCACAUGCAAACAGCUCCCAACAAUAUUACUUCAAAAUCAAGUACCCAAAGGUAUGAAAAAGUCAGAGGCUUUGACUCAAAUGGAAGCAGCUAUUAAAAAAUACACAUCUGAGAUUCAUUUAACCAUAGAUGAUUUGUAUGAAGUUGAGAAGAAACAACCACCAAGGUUUGUCACCCAAAUUAAAGAUCAGUUGUCGUUAGUUGAAAUGGAAUCAACCAAAUUCGAAUGUCAAUUAGCUCCAGUUGGUGAUCCUAAUAUGAAGGUUGAGUGGUUCUUAAAUGGCCAACCAUUAAGACACAAGAAUAGAUUUAAUCCAAUUUAUGAUUUUGGUUACGUUGCAAUGAAUUUCGGUUGGAUAUAUCCUGAAGACAGUGGGGAAUAUGUUUGUAGGGCUACUAAUUUAUAUGGCCAAGAUGAAACCAGAGCCACUAUAAAAACGUCUGGUAAGCCAGGUAUCAUUUAUGAUUCACAGCUUCCUAAAGGAAUGAAGAGUAUUGAAAAAAUAAGAGAAAUGGAAGCAUCAUGGCAAGUAACACCUGAAAUGAAAGAAGAAGAAGAAAAACGUAGAGAACCACCACAAUUUGUAAGCAAACCGGAACCUGUCACUAUAUGUGAAGGUGAUUGGGCUAGAUUCUGUUGUAGAGUCACUGGUUUCCCAAGACCAAGAGUUAUGUGGCUAGUCAAUGGAAACACUGUAGUCAAUGGAAUGAGGUACAAAUUAAAUUAUGAUGGAAUGUGGCAUCUUGACAUACCAAAGACAAGGCAAUAUGACCAUGGUAAAGUUGAAGUUAUUGCUAGAAAUGCAUGUGGAGAGACUCGUGUGGAAACAAUGCUCACAGUGAAUUCAAGACAUGAUGAUUACAGAGGAGUUUUGAAAAACUCACCUAGACCAUGGUACGACAGUGAUUUGGUGCAGUAUCAAAGGGAUCUUAAAGAGAAUGAACUAGAAAAAGUGUUUACUGAUAGAGCAUCAAAUGUUCAAAAUGUUGAUUAUAGCAAUAUGAUUAUUUCAACGGUUGGUGUUCAAAUGAAACAAAAACAAUUAAGUGAGUCAAAACCCGAAUGGACUGAAGCUGUAAAACAAAAGAAGAAUGAAGAUUAUUAUAGUAAAUUGAGUAAAUUGGAAGGAGAUCAAGUGGUAAAAGAGGCAAGAAUCAGAGAAGCUAGUCAUCAAGUAUCAUUAGCAGGCGAGAAGUUGAAAACUACAUCCAAAAAUAUGUCUUCAAAUUACGAAGAAUCGUUAGAUAAAGAUAAAAAAGAAGAAUUAAUGCCUUGGCAAAAAACAAAGUUACUUAAACCACGGGGUGAUCAAAGUCAACAAAUAAUACCGGAUCCGUCUGAGUCUUCUGUGCAUGGAAAAGAAAUUCACGUAGCAAAACAGCAACAGACACAAAAAGAAAUACAAGGUGACAAAGAAAUACGCAGAAAAAUUACUGCUACCGAAACGACUGAAGUAGAGCACACACGCAAAAACCAAGAAAGGGUAGUCCAAGGAAAAGUUGAACCGUCCAAACCGCCAAUAUUUACAACUAAAAUUCAACCCUGUCGUGCAUUCGAACAGGACCAAGCACGUUUUGAGGUCGAAUUCGAUGGUGAACCAUUACCAACGAUCAAAUGGUACCGAGAAGACUUUUUAAUACAAAACUCACCAGACUUCCAAAUACACACGUUUAGUACGAAGUCGAUACUAGUUAUUAGACAAGUAUUUAUGGAAGAUUCUGGCGUGUUUGCCGUCAUCGCAGAGAACAGAGGUGGUAAGGCAAAAUGCAGUGCUAAUCUACUUGUCGAAGAACGUAAACAAGUCGGCAGGAAAGGACCCGGUCCACCAAGUUUCCUUACUACAAUGCAAGGAGCAGUCGUGAAAGCCGGUCAACUAGUCAGGUUUGACGUUAAAAUCAGCGCUAAUAAGCCACUGGAUGUAUAUUGGUUAAAAAACGGAAAGAAAAUCACCCAGGAUAUUCGUUACAAAACAGUGGACGAAGACAACCAAUACACGCUUUUGAUCAUCGAGUCAGUCACCGAAGACAGCGGAACCUACGAGUGUGUGGCCAUCAACAAUUCUGGUGAAGCGAGGUGUGAAGCUCCGUUGUUAGUCCAACCCUUGGAACAGAAGGAUAAACCCAAAUCAAAACCCAGUGGUAAAGAGCAGGCGCCAACAAUCACUCAACCGUUGUCCGGACAAGUGAUUCACGAGGGACAACCCGUGACGUUCAGCUGUAAGAUUUCUGGACAACCUCCAAUAACAGUAAAAUGGCAAAAAGGUGAUAAAGUGAUUAAACCGUCAAAAUAUUUCCGCAUGACGCAAGACGGGGAAACGGUAUCACUUCAUAUAUCCGAAGUGUUCCCUGAGGACGAAGGCACGUAUAAAUGUCUAGUGUCGAAUGCCGGUGGCCAGGCUGUCCUAUCAGCUAAUUUGAAAGUCAUUGUACCUGAAAAUCAAGAUGUAGCUCCAACUUUGAGCCCAAUGAGAGACGUUAUCGUUCCAGAAGGUAAUGCGGCUCAGUUCCGCACGCAAGUGUCGGGUCAACCGUCACCGUCUGUACAAUGGUUUAGAGAAGGAACACUUAUUCCCGAAACACCAGAUUUUAAGAUGAUGUACGAAGGUAACAUGGCCGUUCUGUUGAUAACAUCGACAUACGAAGAAGACUCUGGUGUGUUCACGUGCCGUGCCACAAAUAGCGCUGGACAAGUAGAGACCUCGGCCAAACUUACGGUGAAAAGACAACGCGGCGUUACUUAUAAGACCGGUACAUUUGACGAUAAAGGUGUAGUGGAUAGCGUACAACUAAAUCAAGUGUUAGGAAAAACAAAAGAAAUAGGUCCUCAAAUUUCUAUUAAAAAUAUUAAAAGUGAUAAAAAAGGGUUAGAAACAAGUAAUAAUUUAUUGCCAUGGAGAAAAGGAAUUGUUGUUGACAGAAUCAGAAAAACAUCAGUAGAAGCUAAAAGCAUAAUUACAGAGAAUGUAAUUAUUGAACCUACAGAAAUUGGUGAUUUAAUCACAGUUACACAAGAAGGAAAAUUCAUAUAUACAUACGUUACAGAACAGAUAUUUACUUUAAUUCAAAAUAAAAUUGAUACUAAAGAUGUAGAAAAGGCAAAACAAAUAAUUAAUCAAGUUUUGGUAAAAAAAAUGAAACAAGGUGAUAUUGUGAGUUUAAACGAAAAUGACAAAAAAGAAAUAGUUUGCGAGGUAACUAAUAAGUUAACACAGUUAUAUACAAAGAAAGUGGAUAACAAAUCGUUCGCAAAGGAUAUGCUGAACAAAGUAUUAACACGAACUAUGGAAAAGGAACACCAAAUUCAACCCUAUACACCAGAAGAACAAAAGAAAGAUGAAACUUUCGUAACAACAACUAAAAUGAUUUUCACAAAUAAAAAUAAAUCACAAAGGGACUCAAAAUUGACAGGAGGAAUUAUAGAACCAAUAAAACUCAAGAUGGAUAAACAUGAACCACAAUCUGAAGAUAAAAUUAUUCCUAAUCAAAAACAUCAGAGUAAAUUUUAUUUCGGAGAACAGCAAACUGAGAAUUAUGAUAUCGUUCCAGAUGAAUACAAGCCUAAAUUAAAAAUAGAAAGUAUUGAGAAUAUAGAAGCCAAAGGUCAACAACAUUACAAUACGAGACCAUGGUUAAUAAAACAUAAUAAAGAUACAACCAGUCAGGAAAUAACUUAUUCACCGGAAUACGAAGAUACUUCAAAUAAUGAAAUUAAUACUUCUAAUAAAGAUUUAAAAACAAAAAGUCAAAGAAAAACCAAUAUUCCUUGGACAGAAGAAAAAGUAACAUUGAAAAAGACAACUAUAGAAAAACAGGUUUUAUCCAAAGAGAAGAUAGAAGACGUGAUACUGAGACCAUCAAACUACAACAAAGAGGAUGCAAUAAUAAAAGAAAGUAUUCCACUAUCAAUUUAUACUAACGAUGAAGAAAAACCCAUAAUUCAGGAAAUCAAUGAUACCCCAAGCGAUGAUGUCAAAACCAAAUCUAAGAAAAAACCUUCUGUUCCUUGGCAAGAAGAAAUUGUCACACUCAAGAAAACAAAAACACAAAAGCAACCAUUAUCAAAAGAAUCAGUUGAAGAAAUCACUCUUAUACCGUUUAAGAAACCGGUAGUAGAAGAUAUCCCUGUUGCAGAAGAGACUCCAGAAACCGAUACAACUGAAAUAGUGGAAUCAGUUGUUGAAAAAGGUGGUAAACGCCGUGUCAGGAAAACUAAAACAGUCGUAAAGGACGAAGUUCUAGAAAACGACGAAAUCGUAGAAGAACAAAAACCUACCAUUGAGGAAGUCGAUGAUACACCAGUUGAAGGGGUUCCAACUGAACAGCAAAGAAAACCAUCAGUACCAUGGCGCGAGGAAACUGUAACACUCAAGAAAACAAAAACACAAAAGCAACCAUUAUCAAAAGAAUCAGUUGAAAACGUCACUCUCAAAACAUUUAAGAAACCGGUAGUAGAAGAUAUCCCUGUUGCAGAAGAGACUCCAGAAACCGAGACAACUGAAAUAGUGGAAUCAGUGGUUGAGAGAGGUGGUAAACGCCGUGUCAGGAAAACUAAAACAGUCGUAAAGGACGAAGUUCUAGAAACCGACGACAUCGUAGAAGAACCAAAACCUACCAUUGAGGAAGUCGAUGAUACACCAGUUGAAGAGGUUCCGACUGAACAGCAAAGAAAACCAUCAGUACCGUGGCGCGAGGAAACUGUAACACUCAAGAAAACAAAAACACAAAAGCAACCAUCAUCAAAAGAAUCAGUUGAAGAAGUCACUCUUAAACCGUUUAAGAAACCGGUAGUAGAAGAUAUCCCUGUUGCAGAAGAGACUCCAGAAACCGAGACAACUGAAAUAGUGGAAUCAGUGGUUGAGAAAGGUGGUAAACGCCGUGUCAGGAAAACUAAAACAGUCGUAAAGGACGAAGUUCUAGAAACCGACGACAUCGUAGAAGAACCAAAACCUACCAUUGAGGAAUCCGAUGAUACACCAGUUGAAGAGGUUCCAACUGAACAGCAAAGAAAACCAUCAGUACCGUGGCGCGAGGAAACUGUCACACUCAAGAAAACAAAAACACAAAAGCAACCAUUAUCAAAAGAAUCAGUUGAAGAAGUCACUCUUAAACCGUUUAAGAAACCGGUAGUAGAAGAUAUCCCUGUUGCAGAAGAGACUCCAGAAACCGAGACAACUGAAAUAGUGGAAUCAGUGGUUGAGAGAGGUGGUAAACGCCGUGUCAGGAAAACUAAAACAGUCGUAAAGGACGAAGUUCUAGAAACCGACGACAUCGUAGAAGAACCAAAACCUACCAUUGAGGAAGUCGAUGAUACACCAGUUGAAGAGGUUCCGACUGAACAGCAAAGAAAACCAUCAGUACCGUGGCGCGAGGAAACUGUAACACUCAAGAAAACAAAAACACAAAAGCAACCAUCAUCAAAAGAAUCAGUUGAAGAAGUCACUCUUAAACCGUUUAAGAAACCGGUAGUAGAAGAUAUCCCUGUUGCAGAAGAGACUCCAGAAACCGAGACAACUGAAAUAGUGGAAUCAGUGGUUGAGAAAGGUGGUAAACGCCGUGUCAGGAAAACUAAAACAGUCGUAAAGGACGAAGUUCUAGAAACCGACGACAUCGUAGAAGAACCAAAACCUACCAUUGAGGAAUCCGAUGAUACACCAGUUGAAGAGGUUCCAACUGAACAGCAAAGAAAACCAUCAGUACCGUGGCGCGAGGAAACUGUCACACUCAAGAAAACAAAAACACAAAAGCAACCAUUAUCAAAAGAAUCAGUUGAAGAAGUCACUCUUAAACCGUUUAAGAAACCGGUAGUAGAAGAUAUCCCUGUUGCAGAAGAGACUCCAGAAACCGAGACAACUGAAAUAGUGGAAUCAGUGGUUGAGAGAGGUGGUAAACGCCGUGUCAGGAAAACUAAAACAGUCGUAAAGGACGAAGUUCUAGAAACCGACGACAUCGUAGAAGAACCAAAACCUACCAUUGAGGAAGUCGAUGAUACACCAGUUGAAGAGGUUCCGACUGAACAGCAAAGAAAACCAUCAGUACCGUGGCGCGAGGAAACUGUAACACUCAAGAAAACAAAAACACAAAAGCAACCAUUAUCAAAAGAAUCAGUUGAAGAAGUCACUCUUAAACCGUUUAAGAAACCGGUAGUAGAAGAUAUCCCUGUUGCAGAAGAGACUCCAGAAACCGAGACAACUGAAAUAGUGGAAUCAGUGGUUGAGAAAGGUGGUAAACGACGUGUCAGGAAAACUAAAACAGUCGUAAAGGACGAAGUUCUAGAAACCGACGACAUCGUAGAAGAACCAAAACCUUCCAUUGAGGAAUCCGAUGAUACACCAGUUGAAGAGGUUCCAACUGAACAGCAAAGAAAACCAUCAGUACCGUGGCGCGAGGAAACUGUCACACUCAAGAAAACAAAAACACAAAAGCAACCAUUAUCAAAAGAAUCAGUUGAAGAAGUCACUCUUAAACCGUUUAAGAAACCGGUAGUAAAAGAUAUCCCUGUUGCAGAAGAGACUCCAGAAACCGAGACAACUGAAAUAGUGGAAUCAGUGGUUGAGAAAGGUGGUAAACGCCGUGUCAGGAAAACUAAAACAGUCGUAAAGGACGAAGUUCUAGAAACCGACGACAUCGUAGAAGAACCAAAACCUACCAUUGAGGAAUCCGAUGAUACACCAGUUGAAGAGGUUCCAACUGAACAGCAAAGAAAACCAUCAGUACCGUGGCGCGAGGAAACUGUCACACUCAAGAAAACAAAAACACAAAAGCAACCAUUAUCAAAAGAAUCAGUUGAAGAAGUCACUCUUAAACCGUUUAAGAAACCGGUAGUAGAAGAUAUCCCUGUUGCAGAAGAGACUCCAGAAACCGAGACAACUGAAAUAGUGGAAUCAGUGGUUGAGAUAGGUGGUAAACGCCGUGUCAGGAAAACUAAAACAGUCGUAAAGGACGAAGUUCUAGAAACCGACGAAAUCGUAGAAGAACAAAAACCUACCAUUGAGGAAGUCAAUGAUACACCAGUUGAAGGGGUUCCAACUGAACAGCAAAGAAAACCAUCAGUACCGUGGCGCGAGGAAACUGUAACACUCAAGAAAACAAAAACACAAAAGCAACCAUUAUCAAAAGAAUCAGUUGAAAACGUCACUCUCAAAACAUUUAAGAAACCGGUAGUAGAAGAUAUCCCUGUUGCAGAAGAGACUCCAGAAACCGAGACAACUGAAAUAGUGGAAUCAGUGGUUGAGAGAGGUGGUAAACGCCGUGUCAGGAAAACUAAAACAGUCGUAAAGGACGAAGUUCUAGAAACUGACGACAUCGUAGAAGAACCAAAACCUACCAUUGAGGAAGUCGAUGAUACACCAGUUGAAGAGGUUCCGACUGAACAGCAAAGAAAACCAUCAGUACCGUGGCGCGAGGAAACUGUAACACUCAAGAAAACAAAAACACAAAAGCAACCAUUAUCAAAAGAAUCAGUUGAAGAAGUCACUCUGAAACCUUUUAAGAAACCGGUAGUAGAAGAUAUCCCUGUUGCAGACGAGACUCCAGAAACCGAGACAACUGAAAUAGUGGAAUCAGUAGUUGAGAAAGGUGGUAAACGCCGUGUCAGGAAAACUAAAACAGUCGUAAAGGACGAAGUUCUAGAAACCGACGAAAUCGUAGAAGAACCAAAACCUACCAUUGAGGAAGUCGAUGAUACACCAGUUGAAGAGGUUCCAACUGAACAGCAAAGAAAACCAUCAAUACCGUGGCGCGAGGAAACUGUAACACUCAAGAAAACAAAAACACAAAAGCAACCAUUAUCAAAAGAAUCAGUUGAAGAAGUCACUCUUAAACCUUUUAAGAAACCGGUAGUAGAAGAUAUCCCUGUUGCAGAAGAUACUCCAGAAACCGAUACAACUGAAAUAGUGGAAUCAGUUGUUGAAAAAGGUGGUAAACGCCGUGUCAGGAAAACUAAAACAGUCGUAAAGGACGAAGUUCUAGAAACCGACGAAAUCGUAGAAGAACAAAAACCUACAUUCGAGGAAGUCGAUGAUACACCAGUUGAAGAGGUUCCAACUGAACAGCAAAGAAAACCAUCAGUACCGUGGCGCGAGGAAACUGUAACACUCAAGAAAACAAAAACACAAAAGCAACCAUUAUCAAAAGAAUCAGUUGAAAACGUCACUCUCAAAACAUUUAAGAAACCGGUAGUAGAAGAUAUCCCUGUUGCAGAAGAGACUCCAGAAACCGAGACAACUGAAAUAGUGGAAUCAGUGGUUGAGAGAGGUGGUAAACGCCGUGUCAGGAAAACUAAAACAGUCGUAAAGGACGAAGUUCUAGAAACCGACGACAUCGUAGAAGAACCAAAACCUACCAUUGAGGAAGUCGAUGAUACACCAGUUGAAGAGGUUCCGACUGAACAGCAAAGAAAACCAUCAGUACCGUGGCGCGAGGAAACUGUAACACUCAAGAAAACAAAAACACAAAAGCAACCAUUAUCAAAAGAAUCAGUUGAAGAAGUCACUCUGAAACCUUUUAAGAAACCGGUAGUAGAAGAUAUCCCUGUUGCAGACGAGACUCCAGAAACCGAGACAACUGAAAUAGUGGAAUCAGUAGUUGAGAAAGGUGGUAAACGCCGUGUCAGGAAAACUAAAACAGUCGUAAAGGACGAAGUUCUAGAAACCGACGAAAUCGUAGAAGAACCAAAACCUACCAUUGAGGAAGUCGAUGAUACACCAGUUGAAGAGGUUCCAACUGAACAGCAAAGAAAACCAUCAAUACCAUGGCGCGAGGAAACUGUAACACUCAAGAAAACAAAAACACAAAAGCAACCAUUAUCAAAAGAAUCAGUUGAAGAAGUCACUCUGAAACCUUUUAAGAAACCGGUAGUAGAAGAUAUCCCUGUUGCAGAAGAGACUCCAGAAACCGAGACAACUGAAAUAGUGGAAUCAGUUGUUGAGAAAGGUGGUAAACGCCGUGUCAGGAAAACUAAAACAGUCGUAAAGGACGAAGUUCUAGAAACCGACGAAAUCGUAGAAGAACCAAAACCUACCAUUGAGGAAGUCGAUGAUACACCAGUUAAAGAGGUUCCAACUGAACAGCAAAGAAAACCAUCAAUACCGUGGCGCGAGGAAACUGUAACACUCAAGAAAACAAAAACACAAAAGCAACCAUUAUCAAAAGAAUCAGUUGAAGAAGUCACUCUUAAACCUUUUAAGAAACCGGUAGUAGAAGAUAUCCCUGUUGCAGAAGAGACUUCAGAAACCGAUACAACUGAAAUAGUGGAAUCAGUUGUUGAAAAAGGUGGUAAACGCCGUGUCAGGAAAACUAAAACAGUCGUAAAGGACGAAGUUCUAGAAACCGACGAAAUCGUAGAAGAACCAAAACCUACCAUUGAGGAAGUCGAUGAUACACCAAUUGAAGAGGUUCCAACUGAACAGCAAAGAAAACCAUCAGUACCGUGGCGCGAGGAAACUGUCACACUCAAGAAAACAAAAACACAAAAGCAACCAUUAUCAAAAGAAUCAGUUGAAGAAGUCACUCUUAAACCGUUUAAGAAACCGGUAGUAGAAGAUAUCCCUGUUGCAGAAGAGACUCCAGAAACCGAGACAACUGAAAUAGUGGAAUCAGUUGUUGAAAAAGGUGGUAAACGCCGUGUCAGGAAAACUAAAACAGUCGUAAAGGACGAAGUUCUAGAAACCGACGAAAUCGUAGAAGAACAAAAACCUACAUUCGAGGAAGUCGAUGAUACACCAGUUGAAGAGGUUCCAACUGAACAGCAAAGAAAACCAUCAGUACCGUGGCGCGAGGAAACUGUAACACUCAAGAAAACAAAAACACAAAAGCAACCAGUAUCAAAAGAAUCAGUUGAAGAAGUCACUCUUAAACCGUUUAAGAAACCGGUAGUUGAAGAUAUCCCUGUUGCAGAAGAGACUCCAGAAACCGAUACAACUGAAAUAGUGGAAUCAGUUGUUGAAAAAGGUGGUAAACGCCGUGUCAGGAAAACUAAAACAGUCGUAAAGGACGAAGUUCUGGAAAACGACGAAAUCGUAGGAGAAGAUAUUCCAGUCAUUCAGGAAGUGGCAGGUAUUCAUCAAGUAGAUAGUGGGAUUAAUGUUGUUAAUGAUGUUGUGGAGGUAGAUACUGUGGUCAAGGAAUCUGAUGUGCCUGCUGUUGAUGAUCAACCUAUUAUUAAAAUUCGGUUUAUGAAGCAUGAUGAUUUGCUAAACGAAGAUGUUAAUAAAAAGCCUAAUGCAAUUGUUUGUGCUCAAAAAGUAAUUUCAGUUCCUAAAGAAAAAACUAAGAAGAAUAAAAAACAUGUGCAAUUGAAUGAGGAUAUGAAUCAAGAAAAAGAAUUUUCUCCUGACGAUGAAGUAAGUGCCUUGAACGAUGAGGAGGUUGAUGUACUUUCUCCGAAAAUAUUAGACUCUAGGGAUCUCAAGGGAAUUAUGAAACCGAGAGAUGAGAUUGUGUCUGUUUCUGAUGCGGUUCUUAAGGAUGAAGUGGAAUCUAUAGAUACUUUAGCAAAGCCUAAAAAUCUAACUGAACAGAAAGUUCCAAUAAAACUUCUUAGUGAAAAAUUGGAACUUCCUUGGAGAAAAGGACGUAAAGAUAUAGAUAAUGACUCAAAUGAUAUUGAUAUUAUUGAAAACUCUGAAAGUCAUGUUCCUAAAAAAGAGUUAUUGAAUGUUGUUGAAUUAAUUCCACAACAGCCAAAACCAUUGGAAGUUAAUGAACCGCUAUUUGGUACAGUUCAUCUUAAAAAGUCUUCACCCAAAAAAAUGAAAGAAAUUGAACCUUUGGCUGUUCCUAAGGUACUACUUAAAUCGCAUCUAUAUAGAAUUGAUUUAAAUACUAAUGAGCAUUUCCCUUCUGUUUCAUUGUUAGAACCUAUAUAUGUAGACAACGGAGUUCUUUCUAGAAAUUACGCUGAGGCUAUGAAAAUAAAGAAAACUAAACCUAAGAUCUUAAUACUGCCUGAACUAGAACCUGUCGUUCUUGAGAAGUUUGAACCAACUGAUUUUCAUUAUGACAAAAAGGAAACACCUGAGAGAAAACCAUCUUUAGUAAAACAGUCAGUUGAUAAAAAAGUUCCAGACGAAGAAACCCCGAAGAAGUUAAUAAUUGGUAAAGGAAAAAUACCUAUUCAGAAUGAUGAUCAAGAAAAAGUUAUAUUGAAAAAAGUUCCCCAAAAACCUGUGGAAGAAAAAGUGGAAAUGCCAAAGCCAAUUGAAAAACCAUAUUUUAAACCUGAACCAGAUUCAAAACCAUCUGAAGACAUAGAUUUUACAUUAGAACCAUUCAAACCUAUAACUUUAGGUAUAAGUCCUGAAGUAUCUGAGCCAAUACCGUUUGGUAAUGAAAGUUUGCCAGAUGUAGAAUUACCAGUUAAAAAACCUAAAUAUAUAAGAAAAAAAAUAAAGAAAGAAGAAGAGCCUAUUCCUGAUAACAAAAUAUUACCUGGAACACCGAGGCCUGUACCAGAAGAUGAAGAAAAAGAUAUUAAUCUCAAGUAUAAACAAGGGAUACCAGAACCAGAAAUACCAGAAGAAAUAAAAUUAAAACCAUUUUUAUUAGAAAAACCAACUGGCGUAAAAGAACCGGAUGACCUUAAUGUGGGUGAACCUGAUGUAUUUGAUUAUCCUAGGGUAGAAGAACAAGUAAAGCCUCGAGGCUAUAAGUUGAAACCAGAGAAAAAAAAGAAAAGACCUUCCAAAACUGUUGAUAUGCAAAUACCAACUGAUGACAAUGAUGACAUUAAAACUGAGCCAUUGUCAAUUGUCAAAGAGAGUCCUGUACUUGAAGAAAUGGUUACCAUUGAUGUAAAGCCUAUUAAAGUUGUAGCUGUUGCGUUAGACAAUAAACCAUUGUUAGCAACCAUCAAACUCAAGAAAGCUCCUACUAAGUCGAAGGUUGAUGUUGACCAUGUAAAAAUCCCCAAAGUACUAUUAAAGUCUCAUCUAAAUAAUAUAGAAUAUAACACCCAUGAAUAUUUUCCUACUACUUCAUUAUUAGAACCUGUUUAUGUAGACAACGGAGUUCUGUCUAGAAAUUACGCUGAGGCUAUGAAAAUAAAGAAAACUAAACCUAAGAUCUUAAUACUGCCUGAACUAGAACCUGUCGUUCUUGAGAAGUUUGAACCAACUGAUUUUCAUUAUGACAAAAAGGAAACACCUGAGAGAAAACCAUCUUUAGUAAAACAGUCAGUUGAUAAAAAAGUUCCAGACGAAGAAACCCCGAAGAAGUUAAUAAUUGGUAAAGGAAAAAUACCAAUUCAGUAUGAUGAUCAAGAAAAAGUUAUAUUGAAAAAAGUUCCCCAAAAACCUGUGGAAGAAAAAGUGGAAAUGCCAAAGCCAAUUGAAAAACCAUAUUUUAAACCUGAACCAGAUUCAAAACCAUCUGAAGACAUAGAUUUUACAUUAGAACCAUUCAAACCUAUAACUUUAGGUAUAAGUCCUGAAGUAUCUGAGCCAAUACCGUUUGGUAAUGAAAGUUUGCCAGAUGUAGAAUUACCAGUUAAAAAACCUAAGAAUAUAAGAAAAAAAAUAAAGAAAGAAGAAGAGCCUAUUCCUGAUAACAAAAUAUUACCUGGAACACCGAGGCCUGUACCAGAAGAUGAAGAAAAAGAUAUUAAUCUCAAGUAUAAACAAGGGAUACCAGAACCAGAAAUACCAGAAGAAAUAAAAUUAAAACCUAUCCCUAUAAAAAAACCUUUAGAUAAUAAGGAAACUGAUGAUGAUGAAUUAGGAAAGCCUAAGCCUUUAACUAGUGAUUUUCCUAAAAUUGACAUACACACAAAGUCCAAAAAAUCACCUUCACCGAAAUCCAUAAGCGUUGAUAGCCCUUUGCAGGAUCUUGAAAUAGUGAGUAUAAAAAGAAGUGAAGAUAAACCUGAAAAUAAAGCAAUUGAGAGUGAAAUUGUAGCACCCUAUUUUAUUGAAAAAGUGCAACCAUUAGUAGCCGAACACGAAAAGCCUACUGCUUUUACGUGCUCUGUGGGGGGAAUCCCUACACCUGAAGUUAAAUGGUACCGAGACGAUCGUGAACUACAAACAACUGAUGUUUACGAAAUAAUUGUAUACGAGAAUACAUCUACUUUGAGGAUUUCUAAGCCUACAGAGGAACAGGCGGGCGUUUAUGUUUGCCAAGCUACAAACUCAGCUGGAAUUUCAACUUGUACUGCACUUCUGGUGGUGUUAGAUUCUGAAGAAAUUGGCGAAGCUCCAACUUUUGUGGAACCUAUUAAACCUAGAAAAGUCAGGGGGAAAAAGUCUAUAGAAUUGAGAUGUGUUGUGAAAGGAAUUCCUAUACCUGAAAUAAUUUGGUGUCGUGAAAAUGAAGAAAUAAUUUCGGACGAUGACGAAUAUAGAACUUCAUUUGAUUCUAAAACUGGUGAAGCCAUAUUAACAUUAGUAAAUUCUAUGGAAGUAGACCGAUCUACGUAUCUUGCUAGAGCGGUGAAUAUUCACGGGAAAUCUGAAUGCAUGGCACAUAUUACAUUUGAAAAAGAAGAAUAUGGAGAAGCGCCCAAGUUUGUGGAACGGUUGAAACCGAAAGUUGUGAAAGCUAAUGAAACAACUGAACUCACAUGCUUAGUCAAAGGUGUUCCAUCGCCAACAGUUGUAUGGUGCCGUGAUGAUGAAGAAAUCAUACCAGAUGAAAGUCAUAUGCUAAUUUACAUUCCUGAAACAGGAGUGUCUAAACUUAUUAUAGUGCACCCCGAUGAUAUUGAUGAGUCAACGUAUACAGUGAACGCAAUUAAUAAAUUUGGAAGAGCUGAGUGUAGAGCAAAUUUGAUAGUUCAAAAAGAUGAACUUGGAGAGGCACCGACAUUCGUACAACCAGUAAAACCGAAAAUUGCCAAAGCAAAUGAAAUAACUGAACUUAAAUGUUUCGUAAGAGGAACACCGAAACCGUUAGUAAUUUGGUGUCGUGGCAACGAUGAAAUAAUUCCCGAUGAAUGUCACUUGGUCACAUAUCACCAGGAAACUGGAGAAUCAAUCUUAACGAUUUUAAACCCGACUGAAAUCGAUGAAACUAUUUAUACCGUGAACGCCGUGAAUAAAUAUGGCCAAGCACAAUGCCGGGCAAAUCUAAUUAUACAAAAAGAUGAAUCGGGUGAAGCACCAAUAUUCGUAGAACCGAUAAAACCAAAAAUCGCUAAAGCUAACGAGGCCAUCGAGUUAAAUUGUUUGGUUAGAGGAAUACCUACACCUACCGUUGUUUGGUUUAGAGGCGACGUAGAAAUAAUUCCAGAUACCACUCAUUCAAUAACGUUUAUACCAGAGAUGGGUGAAUCGAAACUGGUUAUUUCAAAAGCCACAGAAGUUGAUCAGAACACAUACACUGUGAAGGCAACCAAUAAAUAUGGCAGAGCUCAAUGCCGGGCAAAUGUAAUUAUACAAGAAGAUGUUUUUGGUGUAGCCCCGAGCUUUGUUGAGCCUAUAAAGCCUGUACUAGCAAAACCAGACCAAACAACUGUUUUACGAUGUUUGGUGACUGGUAAUCCGAUACCAACUGUUGUUUGGUGUCGUGGAAAGGACGAAAUUGUUACGGACGACAUGCACACAAUCCAGUUUAUUCCAGAAACUGGAGAAUCCACAUUAACAAUUGAAAAAACAACAACAGUCGAUGAAGCGCGUUAUUCAGUAGAAGCAAUAAACAAAUUUGGAAGAGCUAUUUGUAGAGCUAAUUUGGUUUUAGAAAAAUAUGACACUGGAAUUGCUCCAACAUUUGUUGUCCCGAUUAAACCCAAAGCCGUCAAGCCAACCGAAACUGUAGAACUACGUUGUGUAGUUACCGGGACACCAAUGCCUACCAUCGUAUGGUGUCGUGGCGACGAACAAAUCGUGCCAGACGACAGUCAUGUCGUAUCUUAUACACCAGAGACUGGCGAGUCCAAGCUCACGAUCUGUAAUGCCACGGGAUUGGACGUAAACGAUUACAUCGUGAAAGCAGUCAACGAUUUCGGAGUGGCACAGUGCAGAGCAAAUCUGAUUAUAGACGACGUCGUUCGAGAAAUACCUAUACCGUUAGAGGAGGCGCCAUCUAUAACUAAACCUUUGCAACCAGUAAUAACUAAAAAAGAUUCGUGCGUCACGUUAGACGUGCAUUUCAGAGGAACUCCCGAAUUAAAAGUACAGUGGUUCCACAACGGCAAAGAUAUAACCGAUAAGAAAACGUUCAUGCGCACCUUAACUAUAACUGAGACCACGACUGUGAUAAUUAUAAAGAAGAUCACCAAGAAAACCACUGGACGUUAUGAAGUUGUGGUCACUAAUAAUCGCGGAGAAGCGAAAACGUCCACUACAGUAUUGAUUGAAGAUGAAGAUGAUGUAGAGGAGAGUAUAGUACCAGAAGAGGCGGUGGUCGGGAAAGCGCCGUAUUUCGAAACGGAAUUGCAAACCGAAACAAUAUGGGAGGAGGAAGAGGAGGAAACCAUAAUACGCCUUGUUGUAAGAGUAAAGGGCACUCCGAAGCCCAAGAUCCAUUGGUACGAGAACGGAAUGGAAAUAACGCCCAGCGAAGAAUUUGAAAUUGAAGAACAGGACGAAGAAGUAUCUGUGUUGACGGUCAAGAAAAGGCCAACGGAGAGCGUUCGGGAAAUAACGUGUCAGGCCACGAACGAGUACGGGACAGCUACAACUAGGACUUUAAUAAUCACAGGUAUUAAAGGGACGAAAGCCUACAGGAAGCCGUCGUGGGUGACCCAGAUGGAAGAGUUGCGGGAACAAUUACAAGCUUUCCAAAGUCUACCAAGCUUUGUAAACGAAUUAAAAGACGAGCGAGCUGUUGAAAAUGAAACGAUUGUGUUCGAAUGUCAAUUUUCAGGAAAUCCUACUCCCGUGAUUAUAUGGUAUCACGAUGAUACAAUUGUCAGAAACUCACCUAAUGUUCAAGUUAAAAUCACUGACACCAAAACUACAUUGACUAUUAAAAAAGCAACAAAGGAAGAUGAAGGUGUCUAUAUUUGCAAAGCGAACAGCAAUUUAGGAGAAGCUAAAAAUAGAUCAAAACUUUAUGUUAAAAAACAUGGGGAUGAAACAUUCACAGCUACCGAAGAUGAAUUGGAAGAAAAAGAAGUGGAAGAAGUGAAGAAGACGAAAAAGACUAAAAAGAAGGCUAUAAAGAAGAAACAUAAAAAAGAAUCUGAAUCAUUUAAUGAAACGGAAACAAAAGAAUCACUUCGUAUUAAAAUGGUAGAGGAAAAACCAUCGUUACCGGAACAUGAACCGUUGUCUACGUCAGAAACAGUUUCGGACGAGACGGUCAAGGAAGUUCGUGGACCUGAACAUGUUCGCCCAAAACCAUCCGAAGAACCAGCGCUGUUCACAGCACUCAAGGUCCGGAAGCCCGCGGUAGUCCAUGAAGUUGACCAAGUGUUGGAUCAAGUUGAACUGGCUGAGUUUGGACCGGCUGAAUGGCCAUUACGGGAAUUGGCCACCAUCGAUAUACUCACUCGACACGGCAUAUCCACGGAACAGGUGUUCGAAGAAUACACAUCGGGUCAGUUCCCUGCAUUGAGGACUGCGCCCGCUCAGUCAGCAAUGGUGCAUCUCAUCGAACGUGAAGGAUACACAUCUUUGGUGGCUGACGUAUUCACCAAAGAAUCGACCAUACCUGAGACCGUCAACGAAGUGUUUAAGGCAUUUAUGACAAUGAUCGAGUUGAAACAUAGCACACUGGAAGAGAUCAUUACCUACUUGACGCCAGAAGACUUCCAAACCAGCACCUGGGAUUUUGAGCACGCAUCUCAAAUUACUACAGACGAUACGAUCACCGAUACAGCUGAUAUCAGCGAGUCUGUAAACAUAUUAGUCAAUGAAGUUAAAAAGAAAACGCGAUCUACAAAGAAAUUAGUAAAAACGAGCGAAGAGACUUUGUCAAUCGACAAUGAACAAGUACAAAACAUACUGGAUGAUAGAAGUGUUAAAAUUACUGAAAUCACGGAUAGUAGUAAUGUGAUAAUUGAAGUACCAGAAGAUAGACUGAUCAAAACGGAAAAAAUAAUGAAACAAAAAAAGAAGAUGGAUGAUAUAACUGUCCGUGAAGACGAGGAAGAAGAAAUUAUCACAACAGAAACAAAAACAGCAAAAAGAAUUAAAGUAAAACGAUCAAUCACUGGUGAAGAAAUUAUUCCUGAAGAAACAACAUACCAAUUCGAUGUAGAAAAGUAUCCUGCUAUUUGUCCAACUGUUCUGAAAACAUCAAAAACUUUAAACGAAACAAUUGCUCAGCAAGAAGCUGUUGAGUUGUCAACUGAAUAUAAUAAUGUACCGGAAAAAGCACAGAUUAGAAUAAUAACACGAAAUGCCGCAGAAAGCAUAGUAACAAAAGAUGAAGAGAAGGAAGAAAACCGAAAGGAAACCUUAGAAACUAAAAAACAUAAAGCAAAUUCUGUUUUUGAAUUUAAUGAAAGUUUUUCAACAGAUAACCCUGAAACUCAAUCGCCUCUUGAAGAUAUUUGUAAAACGUUUGAGUUUAUACCAUGUUUGGCGAUAAAAGAUAUUAUACCCAAAGAAAGUAUAAACAUAAUUGAAAUUUAUCCUAAUCAAAGCCUAGGUAAAGGAACUGAGUACAAACCACAAAAUAAGGAAGCUAAGGUUACUGUAAUUUCACAUUCACAAAAAGUAGUCACAGAAUUGAUUGCCUCUACAAAAGAAGGUGAAAUUAUACAAAAAUGUAUGCCACAAAAAAAAAAAGCUACACAAGAUUAUGUUGAACACGAGAGUAUUAAUGUUGUGGAAGUGAAUGCAGCACACACUGAAAAUCAAUUACAAGACGUAUUUAAACCAACACCAGUGAAAUCUUCAGUUGAAUAUCCACUUAACGAACAAUUAGUUGUCAGUGAAUCACAUUCAGAAAUUCAACCAGAAAAUUAUUAUCCAGAAAUAAUUGUGCCCACUGAAAUCGCCAAAGAAUUAAUAGUACCAUCAAACAAUGCUAUUACGACAUUCCAAGUAGAAUCUUCAGAAAAAGAAGAAAAGUAUAAUCAAUUAAAACUACCAAUUGAAUAUAAAGCAGAUAUUUCAAUUAUUCCCGAAAAAUAUAUUGAAGUCAGUGAGUCUAACAUACAAGAAAAAGAAACUAAAUUAGAAAAAGAACAAAUACCAGAGAAGUCAUUCGCUAUUUCUGAUAUAACUGUACAGUCAAGCAUAAUUGUAAAUGCAGUUAAUCAAGAAGAAAAUGAAGAAAAAUUCAAUACUCAUUUACCUAAAUCCCAUACUGCAAAACUGACAAUAAACAACGCAAAUAAAGUGUGUAGUUCGUCAAUAACAGAAACUAAUGAAGCAGAAUCUGAUUUAAAAAUUCCAGCCGUACCAGAAAUGAAACAAAUUGAAAGCUCCGUUUUUGGUUUAGAAGUACUCGAUGUAACUGAGAUUAUACCUAACGAGACAGAAUCCAAUUUUACAUCACAAUCAGUAUUAGAAUUAUUACCAGAUACUAGUUUUACCGAAAAUAAUUCAUGCAUUGUCACUGAAACUACAGCUGAUGAUUAUUCAACAGAAUUAUUAACAAAUUUGAAUUACAAAUCGUAUGAAGCCGAACCAACAUUUGAAGAAUUAGAAGCCAAACAAAUAUCUCAGAUUGAUGUACAAGAAAAUGGCAUUCCAUUAGAUGAAACAUCUCAACCAACAUCAGUUAAGCCGGAAACAAAUUUUUCCCCAAUUCAAAGUAUAACUGUAGAACAAACAGUUGUGGCAGAACAAGAACAGUUAUUGUUAUUGAAAAUACAACCAGAGUUGCAUAAUACCGUAAGUGUGCCAUCUCAUUCUCUUCAAGCUCUCGUUAUUGAAGAAAUUACACCGGAAAAUUGUGUCACAAACCUAGAAAACACGUAUAAAGACAAUAAUCGACGCGCUUCAAAAAAAGCACACAUUAAUUUUGUAGAUGACCAAUGUAUUAUUGUAAAGGAAGUUUCGGCUUAUGAGUCAGAAUCUAAUUUAUCACUAGAUAGUAAACCUGAAAAUGUACGGGCAGUACCAGUGUUUUCCGGUCACGAUGUGGCUGAAACAAUAGAAAUAAUUUCAAAUGAUGCUGUUGAACAAUUAAAUAUAGAAACAUGUAAAAACAAUAAGGCAAUACUAAAACACAUACCGUAUGAAGCAUUUGUGUCAGAAGUCACAUCUGUAAAUGAGUUUGAAGAUAUUUUACUAAAUAAGGAAAAGAAACAACCAAAAACUGUAAACAUUACAAUGGACGAAGUGAUUGGGGUAAAUAUUACACAACAGCCUGUUUACGAAAAAGAAAAAAUGUCGUUUGAACAAAAAGUGUUUAAAACUAAAAAGGCUAUAACUGAAUAUGUUCCAAUUGAGACUGUUGAUCGCUCGGAAAUUGUUACUGGAGAUUAUACUUUAGAUUUGAUACAACCGGAAAUUUCUAAAUUGCACGCAUAUCAUCAACCUAGUACAUUUGAAAGUGUGAUUUUGUACGAAACCAACAUAUCUGAAAAAGAAAAAGUAAUGAUAGACGACAAAAAACCAUUACCAUGUUCGGCAAAUACAUCGUUAAUAGUAGAUGAAGCAAUAGAGGUUACAGAAAUUAUGUCUGACAACAGACCAGAAGACAUUAUUAUUUCAAUAGUGCCUAAAGAAGAAACAGCUGAAACUAAUAUUAUACCAUUUAAACCUCUCGCGGGUCAAGACAUCAUGACUUUUGAAAAUGUGGAGACAGUAACAGAUAAUAAUCCAAUAACGGGAGUUGCGCAUAUAUCUCAAAAACCGUUUCAUGGUCUACAAACGACUUUAAUAAUAUCAACAGAUUUAGAAAAUAAGCUAUCGGAAUUUGUGAUGCCGAAUUCAAAAAAAGCAGAAACAAAUUAUACUGAAUUGGAUAUUCCAAUUAGUGUAGUUGAAAUUUUAACGCAAGAUAAAGAGCUAGAUUUUAUAGCUAACGAAAUUCCAUCACAUACAUUGGACAGGCAAGAAAUUAUUUUAGAAGAAUGUCGGGUAACGUCAGAAACAACGGUAUGUAGUUCUACUAGUGAUUUUGAUGAAUUUAUACCACAAUCAGUUUAUGCUUUGCCGUCUAAAAGCACUCAAAUUGCAAUUGAAUCAAUAGAAACCGCUCCUCUUGAAAAAGAAGGUGAUUUAAUGGAUGAUAAUAUACUUUCAGAGAAGCGUGCCGAUUUUUCAUAUGAAGAAGUAAAAUGCAUUCAAAUCACUGAACAAGUUCAACUCGACACCAAGCAAAACUUUAUAAUUGAAAGUAUACCAAUGGAAAAAAAAAUUAAUAUUUCAAUCACAGGACAAGAUGCUGCAGAAACAUUCCAAACAAAGGUAGAAAGCCCCGUUGAAGAAUUGAAAAUAGAAUUUCCAAAUGAAAAAUCUGCUAAAACUAUUCAAGCAAAAGAAGUUCAUGGCGUUGAAAUAUCUGAAAUCAUAACCCAAGAGACAGAAUCUUCAUUAGAUGAUAUUAAACAAUACAACAAAAAAAAAGUAAACAUUUUAGUUGAAGAUAAUUCAGCAAGUUAUAUGGUAACUGAAAUAUUUCCUAAUGAAAAAGAAAUCCAACUUAUACAGCAGUCUCAGCCAAAUUAUCGGCAUGCCGAACAAGAUAUUUUAAGCCAUGAAGGACUGCAAGUUAACGAAACAAAUAUUUCAAUUUGUGAAAAGGAGUUAAGUGAUUUUGAAUAUUCAAUGAAAUUAGGUAAUCAAGUAAUAGAACCCUUCAAAUGUAUUGAAAUAUCUGAAGUAAAUGCUCAAGAAUCAGAAUAUAAUUUAUUCAAAUCAGUUCAUCCAAAAAUGGAAAAUGCCAUUCAUAGUUUAAAUGAAAACAUAGGACUUAUAAUAAAUUCUACAGUACUUAUUGAUAAAGAAAAUGAACUUCAAAUAGAUAAAAUAAAUACUAAAAAUGCAACUCAAGUUUCAAAUUUAAUUGACUAUAAAGUUCCUCAGAAAUCUGAAAAAACAACAUUGGAGUGUGUUCAACAUUUUAAAAAUAUAAAAGAAACAGUACAACAAGCAUCAUCUGAACACAUAUUAUUGGAAGGUAUAAGUACAACUGUAGUGAAUUUACAAGAUAAUGAAAUGCCAUUUGAACAAUCAACAAAAUUAAAUGGAAAAUCUGCCUCUCUAGAAUAUGAAAUGGAACAAACCUUAGAUGUAACCGAAGUAUGUAUAGGAGAAUCAGAAUCAGAUUUUAUCCCUACGUCUUCACCAAGAAGCCACAUUGCAGUAAGUGAUAUGUCAGAAACUCAACAAGUUGCAUCAAGUUUUGAAAUUCUCUCCCAGAAUUCCACACAUUAUUUAAGUGUUCAAACAUUGCCAUCCAUAAUUUCUAUAACUCCACAAUCUACAGAAAAUCAUAGCUUUGAAGUUACCGAAACUCUGUAUCAUGAAACUGAAAUACCAUUUAAAUCUGCUGAAAAUGUAUUAAAGACAUGCUGUCUUACAUUUCAAGUGGAUCAAAAUAUUGAGGUAACAGAAAUUGUAACGAAUGAAUCAGAAAAAACCUUAGAUUUAGUUGAAAUUAAUAAAGGUUCAGAAGCAAAUAUAGUAUUUGAUGAAAACCAGACUGUUACAAUCGAAGAAAUAGAAACUUCUGACGAUGUUGCUCCGUUAACUGAGAGUGUGAGUAAACCAUUGAGUGCAACGGAACAAUUAGAACCACUUUUAGGAAUUUUGGUAACCGAAGUUAGGUCCGAAGAGUCUGAAAUUGUGCAUGAAAAACAAUUGCACCCACUAUUAAAACAUGUAACGCCAAUAUUGCCAGAAAAUCAAAGUUUGAAUGUUACUUAUGCAAAUUUAGUUGAAAAAGAAAGUAUACUAAAUAAACCUAAGCAAGAAAUUCAACAAAAUGCACAAAUUUCUUCGGUAUUUAGUCCUAUGAAAGCUGUUCAAUUAGAAGAAAAUAUUAUACAAAUGAGUUUAAAUGAUCUAAAAACCACAACGCCCCGUGAAAUAUUUUUAGAAUCAACUCAAAUUCCUCAUGAUUCAAUCAAUCAAUUAGAAAUUAGUCUAUUAGAAAAAGAAUGUGAAUUUAAAGUGGCAAUAAAUCAGAAAAAAGAAGUAGCAAACAUUAAUGUGGAUACUAUAAAUAUACUCGAUACAACCGAAAUUAUAACAGGUGAAAAGGAAACUGUUUAUACUCCUUUAACAAAACCAAUAACAAGACAAGCUUUUAUUGAUAUAACUGACACUCAACCAGUCAGUAAGGUUUUUGAAGUCAAACCAGAAGAUAGUACAAGUGAAUUAAUAACUCCAAACGUCGUUACUUGUACAGUGAAACCAGCUCAGGAAAUUGUCCAUGGUGUUGUGAUUUUUGACAAUAUAGGUCAUGAUAAAGAGGAGAUAUUUGAAGGGGAAUUUAGACCACCCCUUACUACUGCUAAAAUAAACGUAGAAAAUGAAAAAGAGACGAAAACUGUAACUGAAGUUAUAACUCAAGAAAUGGAAGGACAAGUUAAAAAUGUAGAGAUGCCAUCUACUAAAUAUGCCCAAAUAGAAAUAACCUCUGGAAAAGACAUAGCAGAGAAAACAGAAAUUUUAUCAAAUACUGCUUUAGGAUCAUUAAAAGAUUUUGUUACUAAAUCAUCAACUGCUGUUCCAGUACAAGAUACAUUUGAAAGUAUUCAAUCUACCAUAACUGAAACAGAGGACAAAGAAAAUCCAUUUUAUUCUAAUUUAAUCUACCAAAAAUCUAAAGUGGAUAUAAAUAUUGAAGAAUCAAAAAGCGUAAAUAUAACUGAAGUGAUUCUGGAAGAUAAAGAAGGAAAAUAUAUUUCUCCAGAAAUGCCAGCAGAAAAAACAGCAGGGAAAUCUAUUUUACCAAAUGAAGCGGCGGAAGCAUCCAUUGUGUUACCUAAUGAACAUUUAAGAACAUUAGAUAAGUUUAAAAUAAAAGAAGAAUUGGCUAAUAUUGUACUCGAUACACUUAAGAAUAUAUCUCAAACUGAAACAACUGUACAGGAAAGUGAAAAAUAUCUUGAAACUGUUGAACUACUUUCAAACAAAGCUGAACUUACAAUGAUACCUAAUAAUAGUUUAAUUAUAACUGAAGUAAUAACAGAUGAUAGAGAUGAAAAGUUACAUAUCAAAAAUGAAAAGAGAUCACAACAAGUUAUUACAUCUUUAUCAAAAUUACACGAAGUACCACAAGUAUCAGAAAUCAUUUCAUCAAAUACAACUAGUGAUGUAUUUAUUCCUGUAAUUGAUAAUGAUCACGCAUUUAUUUCACAUUCAGAGCUAUACAACACAGCGAUAUCAACUGAAAUAAAACCGUUAGAAAAAGAAAAAUUGUUUACACAAAACCAAAAAUUGGACAUUUUUAAAGCAGAAAUUAAAUUAAAAGAAGAUAAAUCUCUAAACAUCUUUGAAACUGUCUUAAAUGAUAAAGAACUGCCAUUAACAAUAAAAAAACCUUUCGAAAAACAGGCAUCAUUAACUCAGUCAUUAUUUGACGUUGUAACAAUAUCAGAACAUACAGUGAAUGAAUCUGAAAUUAAUCUUGAAUCAACAAUAAUACCAGAAGUACAAGUGGUCAAUAUAUCAUUUGAAAAUAAUAAUAAUGUUCAGGUAACUGAAGCAAAUAUUGUCGACACAGAAAUUGAUUUUUUAACACCUAUUCAAAAUACUGAAAAUGCUACAAUUCCUAAAUUAAUUACUCAGCCGGUUGCAAAUGUUACGGAAAUUAUAACUAGCAUGAAUGUUCAAGAAUUAACUCAAUUGGGUCAAUCUGAAUAUAACAUAGCAAGUGCAAACCAUUCAACAUUUAAAAGCAUUUUACAAACAGAGAUUGAUAUAUCAGAAUCAGAAGGUAUCUUAGAAAAACCAAGAUGUAUCGAAGAAAAGGCAUCAGCAAAAACUGAAACAUUAGAAAACAUAAUAAUAACAGAACCAGAAGUAUCUGAAAAAGAGGGACCACUUGAAGAGUUAAGAAAAAUAGAUUUGAGACAUGCAGAACUUUUAUUAGAAGAAAUUAAAUCUAGUAUCAUUAUUUCAAAUGUUGCCAGUGAAUUUAAAGAAACUGAAUUUAUUGUAGAACCAAAACGCAAACAUUCGGUGGCAAAAGUUAUUUCAGAAAACUUACAAGUAAUCACGAAUAGUGAACAAAAUGUUUCUGAAAAGGAGGGUACUUUAUUUAUAGAAAUUCCAAAAGAUGAAACUGCAAAUGUAACAUUUGAAAAUGCUCAGUCCGGAAUUAUAGUUUCAGAUAUAAUCCCCGAAAUCAAAGAAGAAUAUUUAAAAAUAAAAAACACAUCAUAUUCUACAGCGAAGUUCGUGACGGAAAAUUUUGAAAGCCUUAUACAAAAUGAACAAACUGUGAAUGAAAAAGAACAAAUUACAAGAUCUGAACCAAAACCAGAAAUAACUAAUGCAUUUAUCUCCAUUGAAAAAGCAAAUAUAGGAGCAGUUGUUUCCGAAGUUAUAAGUAAUGAUAAAGAAAGUGAUUUUAAUGUACAACAUAUAAGAAAAAUAUCAAAAGCAUCAAUAUCAACAGAAGAAUUAAAACCUUUAGUAACAACAGAGACACAACUUUUAUCGAACGUUGACGAACUAGAAAUACAAAAAAUACUUCCCGAUAAUACAGCUAACAUAAAAUUAGAAGAAUUUAGACACUUAACAGUACAUGAACUAGUCGCAAAUGAAACAGAAUCCAAAAUAAAAGAAAUAAACCAAAUCCAAUUCAAUAUAACUCCAACAGUCAACGAGGAUAUAAUCUUAGACUCUACUGUAAACCUAAAACAAGAAGCAAUAGACCAUCACAGAGCAUCGAUCACUGACAUACCAAUGAGCACAGAUGAAUUAGUUAACGACGGUUUAAAAGAAGAAUUGACUGAUGAAUUGAUCGACUCUCCGUUCGAUUCCAAUACAUCAAAACCAAUGGUCAAGCCUGCAGUUAUUGAUAAAAUAGAUACCACUCCUUUUAAAGAAGUUGAUAUUAAAGAAGCUUUUUCGACUUUAAAACCAAGGAAGAAAAAGUCAGUUUCUGAUGAAGAAGAAAUAGUUAGUGUUACGUUCAUUCCUAAACAAACUAAACCCAAUGAGAUAAUUGAACAAGAAUUUAGUAUCAAAGCUCAAACAUAUGAAGAAGAAGAAAUUUCCAUGACGGGCAAUGUAAAACUGCAUCGAAAGUCAGUUAUAGAAGAACCCAUAAAAACAUUAACUAUAAAUGAAACAAAGGAAAUUCAAUUCCUACCAGAGGAUCUUAUUAAGGAACUAAAUGAACAAAACUCACAUGAUGAAUAUGUUCAGCCUUAUAAUCCUAUUGAAAGAAUAAUAAAACCAGUAGAAGAGACUCUUGAUCGAGUCUUAACUGAUCAGGCUACCACUGAUACGCCAAAAGUAAUUACCAAUCAGCUUGAAACUGUUAAUGUUGAGCGUGAACCAAGUAGAAAACCUUCAAUAAUGAAAGAUGAAGCAGUUAAUGAUAUCACUAAAGAAAAUAUUGAAACUAUUGUGAAUGAAGCAGAACAACCCUUGGAUGAACAUGAAAUCAAAUUAAUACCGAAACCAAAACGAAAGACUUCUCUCAAAAAGGGAACAAAAGAAAAAUCUCCAGAACAAUCUUCUGUAGUGCUUAAACGACCAAAGAAAAAAGAGGAAAUACCACAAGAACCUACCAAAGAUGUUUUUACGAUUACAAAAAUAAUUGAAAAGCCAGAGGAAGUCCAAGAGGUAACUGAAAAAGUUGAUGUAAAAAUUGAACCUAAAAGAAAACCAUCAAUAAAGAAAGAAGAAGCAGCAGACGAGAUAACGAUUGAACAAAUUGAAACUAUUAUAAAAGACGAACAGCCAAAAGAAGAAGUUGAAGUAGAGUUAAAACCAAAACGAAAGACUUCUCUCAAAAAGGAAACAAAAGAAAAAUCUCCAGAACAAUCUUCUGUAGUGCUUAAACGACCAAAGAAGAAAGAGGAAAUACCACAGCAUCUAGAAGAGCAAGAAGAAAUGUUCACGUUUAAGAAAACAAUUGAAAAGCCAGAAGAUGUUCAAGCGAUAUCUGAAACAGUUGAUGUGAAAAUUGAACCGAAAAGGAAACCAUCAAUAAAGAAAGAAGAAGUAGCAGACGAGAUAACGAUUGAACAAAUUGAAAAUAUUGUAAAAAAAGAAGAAUUGCCCACAGAAGACAUUGAAGUCGAGUUAAAACCAAAACGAAAGACUUCUCUCAAAAAGGAAACAAAAGAAAAAUCUUCAGAACAAUCUUCUGUAGUGCUUAAGCGACCAAAGAAGAAAGAGGAAAUACCACGAGAACCUACCGAAGAUGUUUUUACUAUUACAAAAAUAAUUGAAAAGCCAGAGGAAGUCCAAGAGGUAACUGAAGCAGUUGAUGUGAAAAUUGAACUGAAAAGGAAACCAUCAAUAAAGAAAGAAGAAGCAGCAGACGAGAUAACGAUUGAACAAAUUGAAACUAUUGUAAAAGAAGAAGAAUUGCCCACAGAAGACGUUGAAGUCGAGUUAAAACCAAAACGAAAGACUCCUCUCAAAAAGGAAACAAAAGAAAAAUCUCCAGAACAAUCUUCUGUAGUGCUUAAACGACCCAAGAAGAAUGAGGAAAUACCACAACCUCGAGAAGAGCAAGAAGAAAUGUUCACGUUUAAGAAAACAAUUGAAAAGCCAGAAGAUGUUCAAGUGAUAUCUGAAACAGUUGAUGUAAAAAUUAAACCAAAAAGAAAACCAUCAAUAAAGAAAGAAGAAGCAGCAGACGAGAUAACGAUUGAACAAAUUGAAACUAUUAUAAAAGAAGAACAGCCAAAAGAAGAAGUUGAAGUAGAGUUAAAACCAAAACGAAAGACUUCUCUCAAAAAGGAAACAAAAGAAAAAUCUCCAGAACAAUCUUCUGUAGUGCUUAAACGACCAAAGAAGAAAGAGGAAAUACCACAGCAUCUAGAAGAGCAAGACGAAGUAUUCACAGUUAAGAAAACAAUUGAAAAGCCAGAAGAUGUUCAAGCGAUAUCUGAAACAGUUGAUGUGAAAAUUGAACCGAAAAGGAAACCAUCAAUAAAGAAAGAAGAAGCUGCAGACGAGAUAACGAUUGAACAAAUUGAAACUAUUGUAAAAGAAAAAGAAUUGCUUACAGAAGACGUUGAAGUCGAGUUAAAACCAAAACGAAAGACUUCUCUCAAAAAGGAAACAAAAGAAAAAUCUCCAGAACAAUCUUCUGUAGUUCUUAAACGACCAAAAAAGAAAGAGGAAAUACCACAGCAUCUAGAAGAGCAAGACGAAGUAUUCACAGUUAAGAAAACAAUUGAAAAGCCAGAAGACGUUCAAGUGAUAUCUGAAACAGUUGAUGUAAAAAUUGAACCUAAAAGAAAACCAUCAAUAAAGAAAGAAGAAGCAGCAGACGAGAUAACGAUUGAACAAAUUGAAACUAUUAUAAAAGAAGAACAGCCAAAAGAAGAAAUUGAUGUCGAGUUAAAACCAAAACGAAAGACUUCUCUCAAAAAGGAAACAAAAGAAAAAUCUCCAGAACAAUCUUCUGUAGUGCUUAAACGACCAAACAAGAAAGAGGAAAUACCACAAGAACCUACCGAAGAUAUUUUUACUAUUACAAAAAUAAUUGAAAAGCCAGAGGAAGUCCAAGAGGUAACUGAAGCAGUUGAUGUGAAAAUUGAACUGAAAAGGAAACCAUCAAUAAAGAAAGAAGAAGCAGCAGACGAGAUAACGAUUGAACAAAUUGAAACUAUUGUAAAAGAAGAAGAAUUGCCCACAGAAGACGUUGAAGUCGAGUUAAAACCAAAACGAAAGACUUCUCUCAAAAAGGAAACAAAAGAAAAAUCUCCAGAACAAUCUUCUGUAGUGCUUAAACGACCCAAGAAUAAUGAGGAAAUACCACAGCCUCGAGAAGAGCAAGAAGAAAUGUUCACGUUUAAGAAAACAAUUGAAAAGCCAGAAGAUGUUCAAGUGAUAUCUGAAACAGUUGAUGUAAAAAUUAAACCAAAAAGAAAACCAUCAAUAAAGAAAGAAGAAGCAGCAGACGAGAUAACGAUUGAACAAAUUGAAACUAUUAUAAAAGAAGAACAGCCAAAAGAAGAAGUUGAAGUAGAGUUAAAACCAAAACGAAAGACUUCUCUCAAAAAGGAAACAAAAGAAAAAUCUCCAGAACAAUCUUCUGUAGUGCUUAAACGACCAAAGAAGAAAGAGGAAAUACCACAGCAUCUAGAAGAGCAAGACGAAGUAUUCACAGUUAAGAAAACAAUUGAAAAGCCAGAAGUUGUUCAAGCGAUAUCUGAAACAGUUGAUGUGAAAAUUGAACCGAAAAGGAAACCAUCAAUAAAGAAAGAAGAAGCUGCAGACGAGAUAACGAUUGAACAAAUUGAAACUAUUAUAAAAGAAGAACAGCCAAAAGAAGAAGUUGAAGUAGAGUUAAAACCAAAACGAAAGACUUCUCUCAAAAAGGAAACAAAAGAAAAAUCUUCAGAACAAUCUUCUGUAGUGCUUAAACGACCAAAGAAGAAAGAGGAAAUACCACAGCAUCUAGAAGAGCAAGAAGAAAUGUUCACGUUUAAGAAAACAAUUGAAAAGCCAGAAGAUGUUCAAGCGAUAUCUGAAACAGUUGAUGUGAAAAUUGAACCGAAAAGGAAACCAUCAAUAAAGAAAGAAGAAGCUGCAGACGAGAUAACGAUUGAACAAAUUGAAACUAUUAUAAAAGAAGAACAGCCAAAAGAAGAAGUUGAAGUAGAGUUAAAACCAAAACGAAAGACUUCUCUCAAAAAGGAAUUAAAAGAAAAAUCUCCAGAACAAUCUUCUGUAGUGCUUAAACGACCAAAGAAGAAAGAGGAAAUACCACAGCAUCUAGAAGAGCAAGAAGAAAUGUUCACGUUUAAGAAAACAAUUGAAAAGCCAGAAGAUGUUCAAGCGAUAUCUCAAACAGUUGAUGUUAAAAUUAAACCAAAAAGAAAACCAUCAAUAAUGAAAGAAGAAGCAGCAGACGAGAUAACGAUUGAACAAAUUGAAACUAUUAUAAAAGAAGAACAGCCAAAAGAAGAAAUUGAUGUCGAGUUAAAACCAAAACGAAAGACUUCUCUCAAAAAGGAAACAAAAGAAAAAUCUCCAGAACAAUCUUCUGUAGUGCUAAAACGACCAAAGAAGAAAGAGGAAAUACCACAGCAUCUAGAAGAGCAAGACGAAGUGUUCACAGUUAAGAAAACACCCGAGAAAUCAAUGUUAUUGAAUGAAGAAUUCUCUGAAACUGUAGAGUUUAAAAUGAAACCAAAACGUAAUUCAUCGGUUUAUAAUAUAGAUGAAGGAACUGAGGAAUUAUUUCAAAUAGAAUUAAAACCCAAAAAGGAAUUGCAGGAUAUAAUAAUUUACGAAGAAGAAUCGUUAGAUUUUAAAGUUAAACGAAAGCCUUCAUUACAGUCUUUUAGUCAAGAUGGAGCUGAGUUGAAAAUAAUUCAAGAAAAAGAUAUUUUUGUGAAGGAUAAUUCCACUUUACAAGAAGAUAGUCAUGAUGGUGAGACAAUGUUUGCAAUCCGCUCAUACAUUGCUGAAAAUGAAGAUGCUUUAGACUUAGUUGAAGGUGAAAAAGUUUAUGUUAUAGAAAGCAAUAACCAAGAAUGGUGGUUUGUUAAAAAACAUUUAACAGAAGAAAAAGGUUGGGUUCCUUCUAUUUAUUUGAGAGAUGAAGCCAGCUAUAUGCGGUACGUACAAAAGAAAUUACAUGAAAAGAUUGAUAAACUACCAAUUUUCCAAAGACAUGCUUCAACAGAAAAACCUUCAGCUCCACGUUUUGUCGAAAAACUCCAACCUAAACAUGUGCCAGAUGGUGGCACUGUUCAGUUUGAAUGUCAUGUGGAAGGAAAUCCUAGGCCUCAAAUCACAUGGUUUAGGCAAACAGCAAUAAUUAAACCCUCUCAAGAUUUCCAAAUAUUCUAUGAUGAAGACAAUGUAGCAACAUUAAUUAUUAGAGAAGUUUUUCCUGAAGAUGCUGGCACAUUUACGUGUGUUGCCAAAAACGUAGCUGGAUUUGCAUCAAGUACUACGGAGUUAACCGUUGAAGCUCCAUUAUCAGACCAUGGUUCUGAUGUAACAGGUCUCUCCAGAAAGAGCAUGUCUAGAGAAUCGUCAUUAGCUGAUAUACUAGAAGGUAUACCACCAACGUUUUCACGUAAACCCAAAGCUACGUGUGCAUCAGAACACUCAGAUGUUAUAAUUGAAUGUCGUCUUGUAGCCGUGCCGGAACCAGAUAUAUUCUGGAAUUACAAUGGCAGAGAAAUAUCGAUCACAGAUUCCAUAAAAGUGAAUACAUAUUCAGAUAUGCACUUCUAUGUGAGCUGCAUUAAAAUUAAUGACGUUCUAAAAACUCAAGAAGGCGUAUACUCUGUAAUAGCAAGAAAUAGAGAGGGUGAGGCUAAAAUGGAUUUGGUUCUCAAAGUUAAAACUGGAUUACCAGAGAAACCACAAAUACUUGAACCUUUAUACGACAUAACUAUAAACGAGGGAGAGACUGCCGUUUUGAGUACUCAAAUUAGUGGAGAGCCCCAGCCUAUGGUCGAAUGGCUAAAAAACAGUAAGAAAAUAACAGAUAUCAAAACUUUCGUGACCAAAGAUGGUGUCCAUUCAUUAACCAUCGAUAACCCAACUCCACGUGAUUCCGCAAAAUACACUGUUAUCGCUUCAAACAAGCUUGGUAAUGCACAAACCACGUGUUUUCUGGCAGUUGAAGAACUCCCUGGUCCACAAGCGCCGCUGUUUAUUGAACGUUUCCAAGAACAAACCGUCAAAGAAAAAGGAACUAUAACAUUAAUUGCUAAGGUAACCGGAAAUCCAGUUCCAAUAGUUUCUUGGUUCAGAAAUAAUAAACCAUUACUUGCUUCAUCAAAGAAAAAAGAAGUAUUUGAUGGUGAAAAUAUAGUUUUGGAAAUCGUAAAUGCUGAUAGUGAAGAAGACGCCGGUGAUUACAAAUGUGUAGCAUCAAACACAUUUGGUACUGCCACACAUGGCGCUAGGGUGUCGGUUGAUGUACCACAAGUGAAAUUCACCCGACCAUUGACAGACGUGGAAGUAGAUGAAAAACAAUCAAUUUAUUUAGAAUGUGAAACAUCACACACAGUUUCCACAAAAUGGCAAUUGAAUGGCAAAGACCUCACUGGUAUGGAUCACAGAGAAUUGCACCAAGAAGGACGAUUCCAUCGUUUAAUUAUCAAAAAAUCAAGCAUUCUCGAUUCUGGAAAAUACACUUGUCUGGUUAAAGACCAGAUUACUUCCAGCAUAGUAGUAGUUCACGAUGUAAAAGCAGAGUUUGUUAAGAAACUUGAAGAUGUUGAAGUAAAAGAAAACGAUUGUGCUAUUUUGGAGGUUGAAGUUUCUUCAGAAACAGUAAAUGUUACUUGGCACAAGAACGGUGAAAUGCUUACGGAUGGUAUGAACAAUAAAGUAUUCUUUGAAAAGGAAGGUCAAACACGUAAGCUAAUUAUUCGAAGCAUAUCUGUUCACGAUGACGGUGAAUAUACGUGUUCAUUGGGUGAACAAGAAUGCACAGCAGAAAUAAAUGUUAUAGAACUUGCACCACAAAUAAUAAAAAAACUAAAAGAUCAAAAAGUUGCUACCGGUGAACAAGUAUUAUUUGAAAUAGAAUUAACUAAAGGUGAUGCAUUAGUUAAAUGGACCAAAGAUGGCAAGGAAUUACAGUUAAAUAACAAUGUGAGAUUAACCAUUGAUGGCAAACGACAAAAAUUAGAGAUAGUCAAAGCUACAAGAACUGAUACUGGGGUUUAUGGAUGUCAAGUUCAUGAACAAACUUGUACAGCAAAAUUAACGGUUGAAGAACCAAGAGCCAGUUUUGUGAAAAAAUUACCUGAUAUCACACUCGUUGUUCAAGGUAGUGAUAUUAAACUUACAGUUGAGCUUUCCAAGCCGGAUGUACCUGUAAAAUGGCUAAGAUCAGGUAAAGUUAUAAAAGAAUCUGAUAAAUAUGAAAUAAUUUCUGAAGGAGCCGUCCAUACUUUACUUAUUAAAAAACCUACUACUGAUGACGAAGCAGAAUAUAUAUGUACUGCUGUUAACGUAAAAACAUCAACGAAAUUAAAAGUUGAAGUUAAAGAAGAGCCACCCAAAAUAAAUGACCUUCCAAAAGAAUAUCGUUUGAAAAAUGGGGAAGAGCUAAACGUGGAUGUAACAUUUACAUCAACACCGUUGCCGACAGUGGAAUGGUUUAUCAACGGAAGUGUACUAAUAAAAACAAAUAGAGUGUCCUAUUCUAUUAGUGAAUCAUCGGCGAAUUUGACCAUCUCGAAGAUAGAAGAAGUAGACACGGGUGUCUUAACAUUAAAAUUAAAAAAUAUUUAUGGUGAAACUACUGCGGAUAUGAACAUUAUUGUUAUUAAGGUACCUGGAGAACCAGGUGUUCCAGAUGUUAUUGAAGUCACAGACACUUCAGUCACACUUCACUGGAAACCUCCACAAUUUGAUGGGAAUUCACCUAUUGAAGGUUACGUUGUUGAAUACCACGACAAAGAUGAAUUUAUGGUGUGGCAUAAAGUACAAGUGACAGAUACCACACACGAAGUCACAAGUUUAGUAACUGGACAUGAAAUAAUGUUCAAAGUGGCAGCGAUAAAUUGUGCUGGAAUAGGUCCUUCAUCACACAAUACAAAAUAUAUAAAGAUGGCAAGUCCAGGAUCAUUUACUCCACCCGUUAUUCAGGAACCUUUAUCUGAUUUAUCAAUUGGAAUGGGUAAAUCGGCAGUGCUCCAAUGUGUAAUUACUGGGAAACCCACGCCGGAUAUUAAAUGGCUUAAGAACAAAACAUUAUAUAAAACAAAGACAACGUCCUUUGAAAACCAUGUGGCUAAGUUGACGAUCGCCGAGUGCAACGAAUCUACAACAGGCACUUACACAUGCCAAGCAACCAACGGAGCCGGUACUGCGCAAACAUCAUGCAAACUCAGCGUACAAGAUGUACCUAAAAUUGAAGUCCGUGAAUCGGAGACUUCGCAAAUGAUUAGGGUGCGUAAUCAGUGGAAGGUCAAAGCUACAUACAAGGGUUAUCCAAAGCCAACCAUUUCGUGGCAGAAGAACAGCCAACCGUUACCGGUGGCUGAUAAACACAUAAGCGUAUAUGACGACAACGACGAAUGGUCAUCGACAAUAGCUAUUUACUCGGCGGAAAGACCUGACACCGGCGUCUACACAAUAACCGCAUCAAACGCUGCCGGCACGGCCACGUGCAAUCUGAACCUCAAAGUUAUUGAGCCGGCUAAGGACGAUAAACCAAGCGCGCCGCAAGGCCCGAUGCGCAUCAAAGAAAUCAACUCGGACUCUGUGACGAUCGAGUGGAACAAGCCAUCCGAUGACGGUGGGUUGGACAUAUCAGCAUAUCAGGUUGAAAGGUGCAACGUGGGCAAGAUGAUCUGGUCCAAGGUGGCUGACGUAGACCACGACGUGUCAGCUUACAGCGUGCAAAAGUUACACGAAGACGCCGAGUACAUGUUUAGAGUUUGCGCUCAAAACGCUGUUGGCGCAUCAGACUUUUUGGACAGCGAACCUGUCACCGUCAAAUGUCGAUACCAUAAACCGUCAGCACCACAGGGCCCUUUGCAGAUCACGGGUGUGACGGAUACGUCGUCAACAAUCGCUUGGUUACCACCUUUGGAUAAUGGUGGAAUAGCAAUCGAAGACUAUUGCGUAGAAAUCAAGGAGAUAGACAAAAAAGCUUGGAGAAAGAUUGGUUCCACGAAAGACUUACACAUAAAGAUGUUAGACUUGAAGAAGGGGUCGUCCUACGACAUCAGGAUUACGGCUAGGAAUCAUGUGGGCUACGGAAAACCAUAUCAACCAGACGAACCGAUUGUGGCGGGCAAACGCAUAAACUUUAGAAAUGGAAUAUCCGAUGAAACACUAUACGUGCUUAUGGGAAUAUUCCCGACCAGACCAAAAGUUUCCGCUUCACCGUCGCCGCCCACCGAAUUCACUGUGAGUGAUAUUACCAGCAAAAGCGUUACCUUGCAUUGGGGCCCACCAGAAAGUAAUGGUGGAUCUGAGAUCACAGGUUAUGUGAUUGAAAAGCAGCUGAACACAACAAACAAGUGGUUCAAAGUAGCCACGCUAGAACCAACCGUAAUGAAAUAUUGCGUAGAAAACUUGAAAGAAAAAUCGGAAUAUUUCUUCAAGAUCUAUGCGGAAAAUUGCAUCGGCCUUAGUCAACCGGUCGAAACGAAAUUAGUCAGUCUAUUAACCCAUGCCACCGUACCCUCGCCGCCAACCGCUCCGCUGGAAGUUCGGAACCUGAGUACCAAUGCAGUGAUCGUGGAAUGGGGCGUACCUGAAACGGACGGCGGUGCUCCGCUGUUGGGUUACAACAUAGCAAUUCGGGAUGAGAAGAAAACUAUGUGGAUGGAAGUCGGCCGGGUGGAAGCGGACGUGCAAAAGUUCAACAUCAAAGACUUACAGGAGAACCAUAGGUACCAAAUUAGGAUACUGGCUAAAAACGAAGUGGGUGUCAGCGAACCACUGGAAACUGAAGAACCGUACACCGUACAAAAACCGACAGAUUAUUACGAGUCGGACGUUGAAGAAUCGGUAAUGGAGUCCAAACCGUCUCUGACGCAAACAUCAGAAACCACUACGUCAUGGCUCAGAGACAACAACAUGGACGCAGACAUAUCGUCUUAUUCGAACGCUGCGUUAUUGAAGAGGAGCGAAUACUUUUUCCGCAUUUGGUAUUACGCGAGAACGUUAUUCAAAUAAUGGGCACGCGUCAUUAUUAUUAUUAUUAUUAUUAUUGGUAUUGUUAUUACCUAUUUUUAUUAUUACCUAUUACCCUUUAUUAUUACCUAUUUUUAUUGUCAAACUAACGUCAACAUAUAAAGAGAUGGAAAUGUUUUGUAUUGGCGUUCCCUGAGUCAAGACGAAACGUUUUCAUUAAUUUCUAUAAUAUGUUAUUGUUUUGUUUUUUUUUUUUAAAUGAUUGUGAUAAAAAAAAUUCUUUUUAAUUUUAGUUUAAUAAUUCCCCCCUUCCUUUCCCAAAUCCAUGUUCUUAAUUAUCUAACUCGCUUUAAUUUAUAAAUAAAAAUGGUGGUAACUUAACGUAUUAUUUAUAAAUUAAUUCAAGUUGAUAAUAUAAUACUUUAAAUUGUUAUUAUAAUAAGAUAUAAAUUAUUAUGAUUAUGACAUAUAGCUAUAUAAUAAUUGUAUAAUAAUUAUUAUUGUACCCCCUGUUAUUUUAGUGUUAAGGAAUAUAAUAUGUACCUAUAUCUAAAUAAAUAUAUAUUUUUUUAAUUACCUAUAAA